CGUCGACAUUCCCAAAACCAUCGCGACCGAACGCGAGGCACCGAAACUUCACUUUGGUAGGCGUGAAUUAAAAAAAAAUACAUCCCUAUUUGGGACGCGCCGCGUGAGUGAAUUCGAUUUUUUUUUUUUAAACGUGGAACAGUGCAAGUGAUUUGUGGAUUUUCGAACCUCCGCGCUACCGCGAUGCAGAUUAAGGCGUGACACACCGGGUUGACAGGAAUCAAUCCGCAAUAUGUCGCAGCCACCAGGACGCGGUCGAGCCAGACCGCCUGGUCCCCCUUCCCCACUCAACUAUCGCCCUCCAUCACCAUGGGCACCAAGCCCGCCUCCGCUAAUAUCUGGGCCUCGACACUCGACAGCACUUGUGUCACCACCCCCAGUUCACCCAUCCCCUAAACCGUUCCGCCCAUUACACUCGCCACAUUUAAGGCAUCAUUCUCCAUCCCCAAGCUCCCAUUUCUCUAUAUCCCCAUACCCAAUGUCUCCGACUCUAGGACAGAGUCCUGAGUACUAUUACUCUUCACCAUAUGAGCCCGUCAGAGAGUAUGAUUAUGCUGGAGCGCCGUUAGAGCCCCCUCCACCACCACGACCAAUGAUUUAUGAGGAGGAUGAGGAGAGAGGUCCGUCGACCGCUGAAAUCAUUGCCAAUCAGUCUCAAGAAGGUUAUGUGGACGAGAAACUUGCCGAGUACCAAGCGACUAUUCAGCUUUUACAAGAUGAACAGGAAAGAGUACAAAAGAAGACAUUCGUUAACUGGAUAAAUUCUCAUUUAUCAAAGCGCAUACCUCCCGUUCGGAUCGACGACCUCAUCUACGACCUCCGUGAUGGCACCAAGCUACUGGCUCUGCUCGAAGUAUUGUCCGGCGAGAAAUUGCCAAUGGAACGUGGCCGUGUCCUCCGCCGCCCGCACUUCCUGUCAAACGCGAACACGGCACUCCGCUUCUUGGCAGGCAAGCGGAUCAAGUUGGUCAACAUCAACGCCGCCGACCUGGUGGACGGCAGGCCGGCCGUCGUGCUCGGCCUGAUAUGGACCAUCAUACUCUACUUCCAGAUCGAAGAGAAUAGCCGAGCAUUGGAAUACCUGGGCGGAUCCCGGUGUGCCUCAGUCAUGUCACAGGAGUCUGGCGCAGCGACUCCCACGCACAGGGCUGAAGACAGAUGGAAGCAAGGAGCCAAGAAGACUUUGUUACAAUGGGUUGCUAACGCAUUACCUAAGGACUCAAACAUCCAAGUAACAGACUUCGGCCCAUCAUGGCGUGACGGUAUCGCUUUCCUCGCUAUCAUCGACGCUAUCAAAGCAAACCUUAUCAACUUGGCUGAAAUGAAGAGGAAGACCAACAGACAGCGUUUGGAACAUGCCUUCGACGUAGCCGAAAGCGAGCUUGGAAUCGCCAGGCUCUUGGACGCUGAGGAUGUGGAUGUGGACAAGCCUGAUGAAAGGUCUAUCAUGACCUACGUAGCACAGUUCCUACAUAAAUACCCAGAACCUAAGACCACGGGCCCAGAUGCCGUCGCAGCGGUGCAAGAGGAAUACGAAUCACUUCGCAUGUGGUUGACAGAACGUGUCACUACCAUCCAACGGCAGUAUGAUACAAGGACUCUCUCGAGAAAUUACGAAGAUUAUGUGCGCGCCGAAAACGACCGCCUCGCCAGAGAACCCAUCUACCAGAAACUUGAAAAACUCAUGUAUACACAAAGCUUAGUAGCCAUCGCACCCAAAUCCUGGCGAGAACUUGUCUCCCUAUGGAUCGAUCUAGAGAGACUCCACAGACGAUGGCUUUGGCUCCUAGACACCGAUCUACCUGGAGAAUUCUGUAUGGUAGGUGAGUGGCUGGGGAGGGCCGAAUAUUUACUGUACUUUGAUGAAAUACCCACAGCAUUAGACGACCGAACUGCCGCUAUCAUAAGCGAAAAACUGGAAGAACAUAGCCAAUUUUUCGUAGAUCUACCAGAAGUGCUCGAGAGAUUCGAGUCGGCCUUGAGAUCUCCCGACGCUUCUAGGAUACCUCCCGAAAGAUUGCAAGAUAUGAAAGACCGUCUGCAAACAGUUGAGCGUAGAGCUCCACAGAGAAAAGCCAGGUUAAAGUACCUAGAACAUAAAUGUUGCAUUGUUGCUUUCACGGAACUGACCAAGGCCAAACUAGCUGUGUGGACGGGAAAGUACGGUCGCAUUGAUUACGUUCAUGCCUUAUUAGAUGAUUAUGACAAUUUUGUUACGAAAAAUAAGAUUUUCCAGGAAUUUGAUAAAGCGUAUAUUGAUAUUAAACAAGUAGCAGAGGAAUACAAGAAAGUAUGUGAAGUUGAUAGGACUGAAGCGAGAGAAAUUGACGCCUUCUUGAGAGACGUUGCUGAGAACUGGAGAAGAGUGGCAUCAGACGUCAGAUGUGCUCGAAGUGUUUUGGAGGAAGUUAUUGCUCAUUGGGAAAGAUGGACGACAUUAGCAGACCAGUUUACAAGUUGGUUGGACAAAGCCCAACAUAUGUUAAGGGUUUCGGAGGACGAGAGACUAGAAUUCUUUCAGGAUCUGACCGUUUGGAAAGAAAAGCAUCAAUUGCUUGGCGAUGCUGCUGGAUUUCUGGCUGCAACGUGCUCAGAAGAAAUUACUUCUGAAAUCAAGAGAAAGUACGUGGAAAUUACUGAACGCUGGGAACGAGUUUGGGAAGAAGCAGAAUGUUACGUACGUGGAGGUGACGCACUACGCCAUCGCAGAGAGUUAGCUCAAGGUAUUCAGAACCUUGACUCCUGGUUGAUAGGCGCUGAAAACCUGUUAUCCAGGCAACCAAGGGCAAAUACAACAGACAUACAAACAUACAUAGAUCAGUUACUGCAGCUUAACUCUGAGAUUGAACAGCAUGAAGAGUUAUUCAAAUCUAUCAGCAGAACGUUCCAAAACGCAAUUGCGGAGUUGCCACGCGAUGAUGUAGAAAAUAACAUGAAGAAACUUAAAGAACAGAAGGAAGCCCUUGUUAGGGUAAGGGCGACCGUACCUGUAAAACUGCAUCAAUACAGACAGCUGUUGGUGCAGCACGAGUCUUUGGAAAGUGGACAAAAAGAGAUCGGUCAGUGGUUAGACAAGGCUGAAGAGUCUCUGAGGACCACCACUGAAACUAGACGCGAGGUAAUAGAAGAGCGAUACGAGAUUCAUCGCAGCUUCUUCUCUAGAACAACAUACUACCGCUCCAUGCUAGAGAGCAAGAACAAAGUGUUCCAAAACAUUGUUAACUCCGCUGAUACUGACAAAAGUGCUGACGUCACAGAACAAGUCAGAUUGAUGAGGGACCUUAAUGAGAGAUUCGCACACGUUUCAUCUGAAGCAACUCGCAAGGAAGCCGACCUGCAACGUCUCGUCCGAGCCUGGGAUGAGUUCGAGACAAAGAAGCGAGCGGUGGAGGAGUGGGCCUCGAGAGCUGAGGCAUUGUUAGCUGACAACAGGGUGGAUUCGAAACAGGCUGUGGAUUUCCAUAAAAGAUUCUUCCAAGGUGCUGAUGAGAGGGCUGUGUCGGAACUCGUCCGUUCUGGAAGGGAACUUAUUGAGCUUGUUAACGAAGAAGACAGGCCACGCGUAGUGCAAACUGUUGAAGAGUUACAGCGCAGAUGGAAGGAGCUCCUCGACAAGGCGCCGCCACAUCUCAUGCGGCUAGAGUUCAGGCUGGAUGAGGCCGUCUUCCAUCAUUGCAUCAAGGAUAUUGAGAAGGAGAUCGUUUAUGAAGAACAGGCAUAUAACCAAAGUGACGACGCUGACGGCAUUCUAAUUCGAAAUGAGGAGUACUUCCGUCAUCAAGGCAAGAUUAUGCACGUGGAACAAUGCCUCCAAAAUCUGAAGAAAAUAUCUCAAAGCUAUACGCACCAGACCGGAGAUAAGACUUUAGAAGAUGCUUUGAGAAGAUGUGAACAGGAAUGGGAAUCAACAGUUCAUAGAGUUGAAUAUUUUAGACAGCAAUUGCAAAGAAUACCAGAUAAAUGGGAUGCAUACCGAGGAAAAUUUAGAGAGAUGGAACAAUGGAUGGAUCAUGUGGAUAAAACAAUGGAUAGCAUCGUGAGAGAAGUAGAUUCAGCUGAGGCGUUUGAAAAGGAAAAGACUAUCUUCCAGAAUAUUUGUCGCGAGGCGGACCGUAAGCGAGAAGAUAUGAAAUGGCUAGUUCAAACUUUAGACAUGCUUUCUAAUCACUGUUCUGACACAGAAGCGCAAGAAGAACAAGUACGAUUAGAAAAUCUUAUUGCUAGAUACAAAAACCUUAUUCCAACUAUUGAGAUUACUAUGAUUAAAACAGAAACUUAUACGAGAUGUUACACAUAUCGCCGAGAGGUACAUGAAGUAAUUUGUAUACUUGAAAGUGCAAAGGAACAAGCAAGGGUUGAACCAGACCUACAGUCAUUACAACAUGUUGAACAACUUGUGUUAGAACAGCAAGCUGCCGUUCAAAAACUAGAUAGACAACGACCAUCAGUCAUGUCAAUGUUACACAGAGGUAAAGAACUAAUAAAAGAUGCCAACGCUCCAGCAUUUGUAAGAGAAGAUGUCAGGAACCUCGAAACUGGAUGGAACAUUGCUUAUGAAACCAACACAGAACGACUUCAUAAACUUCGUGACACCCAAAAAGUAUGGUCUAAUUAUGAAUAUCAAAAAGAAGAUUUGCUUUCUGAUAUUAACAGUAUUGAAAGCUACGUUGCUCACCCAGGUCUUGAACUUGGAAUUACCAAUAUAAGUCGUGAACUUCAAGAAACAAAAGCUAUUAGCACGGACUUGGAACGAGCAAAGGCUGAAAAACUACCACAGUUGCAGAAAACAUACGCCGAGUUACAGGCAUUAACUUCAAGUAAACCUAAGCCAGUUAUAGAAAAAGAUUUAGAAACUAUAGAGAGAAAAUUGGAAAGAGUUCAAGAUGAUGUACAAACCAAAGUAGAGCACUUAGAAAACUUCAACGAAGAGUGGGUUAAAAUUGAGCGAAAAUUAGAACACGUUCGAGAUUGGAUAAAGAAAGAAAGCCCUAUAUUAAUAUCACAGAUUCGAUCAGAAAAUAUUACACCGGAAGAACGUGUUGAGAAAUCUCAAGCGCUACAAAAAAUUAUAGCUGAAAAAUUGGAUAUAGUAAGAAAUGUAGCCGAUCAAGGAACUAAAUUAGCGAUCGAACAUCGAGUGCAAGAUGCUAAUAGACUAAAAGGGGAAGUAACAUUGUUAGAAAAAAUGAUGGCCGAUCUGCAGCGAUCAAUGGAACAUCAAACAAAGGUUGUUGAACACGAUUUAGCAAGUUGGCAGAAGUAUCAAAAAGGUGUUGCUGAAAUAAAGCCAUGGGUUGAAGAAAUAGAACUAAAAUUGAGCAAUGUUCCCAAACCUACGACUCUCCCGGAAGCGCAACAAUUGCAACAGCAAUCCAAAGCUUUAAUUACUGAUUGUGACAAACAACUUAUGAACUUACAGAUUUUAUCCAGUGUCAGCCAUCAGUUAUCUGGAAAGACUAGUGCCCCUGAUGAGGUAGACGCUAUUCAUUCCAGAUGGGCAGUUGUACAUGAUUUGGCUGAUCAAUGGAAUAAUAAGUUAGACAAACUAGUCAAUAACUGGGAGAACUUCGAGAUAGAAGCUCAAAAACUAGAGAGUUGGGUUGAAAGUGGAGAAAAACUCCUCAGCUCCCGUAGCAUCAACGUGGAAACACCUCAAGUAGAAAAACUCGAUCGAGAACUUAAUAAACUGAAAUCUUUUGGCAAUGAGAUUUCACAGCAACAAGCAAAAAUUAUAAGUCUCUCACAAAUUUGUGAUAAUAUAUGUCAUAGCAUUCAACCAGAAGGAGCAAAUUUGGUUAAAAGUAAAGUAGCUGAUAUUAAAGAUCGCACAAAUACAUUAGCCGAAACAGUAAGGACAAGAGUUAAUGAACUUUCCGAUAAGAUUAUUCUUAAACAAGAGUUCCUUACAAAAUUGCACAAUUUUGAUAACUGGAUAACUGAUUUUAGAAGAAAAACUGAGAGUUAUGACCAAAUCAGUGCUGACAAAGUAGAACCUGCUCUCCAAUCCAUGCAUGUUCUUCUUCAAGAACAUGCAGCAAAGGCUCCAGAAUUUACUGAAAUUUACAAUGAGGUUAAGAACAUGACAUUAGCAUCUCAUCCUGAAGAAACGAGGUCACUUAGUGAUACUUAUUCAAAUAUUGCUCAACAUUAUCAAAUAAUUGAAUCAAAUAUUCAACAGAAUAAAGGAGUAUUACACAAGUGGUCAGAUCUUUUAAAUUGGUAUGAAGACAACAAACAACAACUAAAUCAUAUUCAAUACCAAAUUGAAGGCCCAAAAUUGACACCUGAAAGCUAUGAAAUUCUUCGUCUAGAACUAGUAAAUAUUAUUACGAAAAUACCAGAAUGGAAAAGUAAUACAGCUUUAUUAGAUGGUCCUUCAAGGGUAAAAGUAACUGACACAAACACUGGGAGAAUUAUACCUCCUAAUAGCUUAGUUAAAGAAAUCGAAAUGAAAGCUGAUGCUUUGCUCAAUGUUGUGACUUCUAAAAGAGAUUUGGUACAAAAAGUCGGUGCUAGAUGGGAUAAAUUUAAUGAGCAAAAUAGUAUGCUGAUUCAAGUCUUACAAAAUGUGCAAACAGCUUUAAAUGAAAUGGCUCAAAAACCUGUACAGUUGACGGAAGCUACUAUCCAAGAAAUGACAGACAAAUUAGAUAAUCUUGAUACGGAAUUAAAAGAAAAACAAUCAGUGAGAAAAGACUUAAGAGAGGAAGGUUUACAUUUAAUGAGAGAAGAUCAACCUAAUAUGGGUACUAUUCAAAACGCUUUGUCAGCUGCAGAUAAUAAUUGGGACCAAGUGGUUAACUCUGUGCGUGAUACCAAAAAUAAAUAUAUUCUUCUUUCAUCGACUUUGCAAGAACUUAAGAACUUCACAAUCGCAUUUGACAGGGAAAUGAAUAGAGCUGAACAGUUGCAAAAUGAGUGCAAAGAUGCACCAAAUGAUUAUAUGCAAACUGCUCAAUUUUUAGAUAAAGCGAAGAAAUCGUAUGAACUUUUGAAGCGAUCAAAAGGUCUGUUAGACCAAAUGGAUGUUAUUAAACAGUCCGUCUUAAAACAAGCAUCUACUUUAGGUGGGUUUGAUACAAGCCCUCUGGAGGACGGAUUUUUAAACUCCCAGACUCACUGGGAAAAAGUUAAUGAUGCAAUUAUAAAAAGAAUACAAGAUUUGGAAUCUCAACUUAUAGUUUGGAGGCAAAUCGAUGACACGAAAAAUCAGAUUGUUAGUUGGUUAAGUGAAACGGGACAAAAUUUAGCCAACGCUUGUGAUAACUUGGAAAUAAGAUUUGGUCAAAAUCAUCUUAUGAAAUACAAGGAAGAACUACCGCUGUAUCUAGGUCUAAAAAAUAGUAUAACUGCUAAAUGCGAACAAAUAACAAAUUUGAAUAAAAAUAUUCCAUUAGGACAGGUUUCAUCUAUAAUUGAUUACUUAGAAAAUGAAUUUGAUGCAUUGCAAACAUUAGCAGAUAGUUUAGAAAGUGCCGUAUCGUCUUUAGAAUCACAAGAAAAUAAAUUAAAGGAAAAUAUUAAACGUCUUUCUGAUAACAUUAGUAAAAUUCGUGAUGACAUUAUUAAAUGUGACGAUAUGUCUGGGGACAAUGCAAAGAUACUAGAUCGUUUGAAAAAAUGUCAAACUUGUAAAGUCGAACUCCAAAAUCUUAGUGAUCAGAUUGACAACCUCACUCAAAACGUAUCUGAAAUGAACGCAAACUAUCCAGGAUUUUAUGAAUCACUUAUUCCAAAAGAAUUGAGCACGUUACAAAAACGAUUUGAAAGCGUUUUGGUUCACGCCAAUAAAACAGAAACCACAUUACUUACAUUCCUACAAAAACUAUUUACAGAUAAAUUAAGCAUGUUUAAUAGAAAUUUAAAAAUAUUAGAUGAUAAAACCAGAUGGUGUAUGCCUGAUGUCAAUAGUGAUAAAUAUAAUUUGGAAGUAAAGAGUGCAUCUCUUGCUGAUGUUGAAAAUGGAAUUGCCGACUGUAAAAAAAAGGUAAUUGAACUCAAGGAAGCUUGUGAAAUAUUACGUGCAGUAGCUGAACCAGCAUCAGCUCAAGAAGCCGCUGCUCAGACAGAAAAAGCAGAAAAGAAUUUGGAUGUGCUUACUUCGAACUAUGAAGAGAUAAAGAAUCGGUUACAUGAAAAUAUAGAAGCUUGGCAAGAAUAUGAGACUCUGUUGGAAAAUGUUUCACUUUGGCUGAAAGAAAAGGAAAACAGAGUGAGAGAAGAAGCCGCAAGUCUGAUUGAUGUCAACGAAAUCGAUGAUAAAAUUGUUCAACUUGACAAACUCAAUGGAGAGGUGAAAGACUACGCAAGUGAAGUAAAUAAACUUGCCGAUAUUGGUGAAAAGGUCUUAUCUCGUAAUCCAGAUUCACGCGUUUCUCAGUUUAUUAAUCAUUUAGAGGCAAGAUAUCAAACUGUUACAAAAUUUGUAGAUCAACAACUAAAUAGGCUUAAUGAUUUGAAAAACAAUAAAGAAAAAUACGAUAAAUCAGUUGCAGAUUUCAAAAAAUGGUUGGAACAUACUAACGCUAAGAUUGCAGAGAUAGCAGCAAUGAGCAAACAUGCAAAACCUUCGUUUGCUGAUUUAGAACAAGUAAAAAAAUUAAAUGAAAAUAAAGAGAUGGGUCAAAGAUUACUAAACAAUGCCAUCGAGUCUGGAGAAGCCUUAUUUAGUGGCGUUACACCAGAUGGGCGUGAGCAAAUACGAAAUGAGUUGAGGUCAUUGAGAGAUUCUUUCGAGAAUUCCGUCGACUCCUUAAAUAAUGUCAUUAAAGAUAUUGAAACCACAAUAAACAAGCGAUCGUCUUUCGAUGAUACAUUUAAUCAAGUACAAAAAUGGAUCAGUGACAAAGAAAUAGAGUUAGGAGAAUUUCAAUUAUCACCAACCCUUCCUGAAAAGAAAGCUCAUCUUCAUUCCAGUAAAAUAUUACAUCAAGAAAUUGAAUUACAUCAGUCAAUGUUAUCUCAACUAACCGAGAAAUUAAAACUUAUGCCAGAUGAAGAAGCAGAAAAAAACCUAACCAAAAUCGUUGACAGAUAUAAAAAUAUCUCAACAGAACUUGUCAACAGGAUUACGGCAUAUGAGUCUCACGUUGUAGACCAUGAAAAAUACGUUCAAGCGUUUGAAGAUAUUCGCGAUCGCCUGAAUCAUGUUCUUUCUGAUAACAGUUUAGUUAGUUACGUCGUUAUUUCCCAGAAAGAAGACGUAGAUUCAAAAAUUCUUGCCAUUGAAAAGGUUAUAUCAAAAUCUCAAGAAAUUGAUAAUGCACUGGGCAGUUUAAAAACGCAACUACAUACUGUUUUGGAAACUACUAGUCCAAAUGGCCAUCCAGUUCUGAUAAGUGAGUUUGAGCAAUUAAAAAUGACGUGGGAUCAGUUCACAAAACAAUGUAAAGAGCACGAUAAAAAACUAAAAGACACUUUAAAACAGUGGAAUGAAAGUCAAAAAACUUUGGAUGAACUUGAGGAAUGGUUAAAAAUAAAAGAAAAUCAACUAAGAGACCAAAGUCUCAAAAGUAAUCUUGAAGCUAAAGUUGCACAUCUUGAAAAGGUACAAGAAAUACAAAAUGAGCUUGCUUCGAAAACUGCUGAUUUUGCAUCAUUAACUGAUAAACAAAAUGUUAAUGCAGAUUCAGAACUUAUUUCUAAGACCUCUAAAUUAGCAACACGCUAUCACACUUUAAACAAUCUUGUUAACGAAACAAUAUCGAAAUACGAAGUAUUCGUAUCAGAACAUCAACAAUUUGAAUAUGACCACGAUUCUAUGGAAAAAUGGCUAAUGGGAAUGCUGGGUGAUCUUCAAGACUUAAAUGAAAUUGUUGGUGAUUAUGCUGUUUUACAAGAAAAACAGAAUAAAGCAAAAGAACUCUAUGAAACUCGAAACAAAAAAACACCGGCGUUUGAGGAGUUCUUAAGUUUAGGUGAGAAACUUUACUCUCAUACUAGCCCCGAUGGACGAGAAAUAAUACGUCAGAAAAUAAGGAAAAUAAGAACACUGUGGGAUAGUUUUGGAGACAGCUUCCAAGAAACCGUCAAUAAACUCGAUCAAUGUCUUUUGCAAUUUUCGGACUUUUCUUUGGCUCAGGAACAGUUAACAAAAUGGUUAAAAGAUGUUGAAAGGGCCAUGCAGCGGCAUACUGAAUUAAAAGCUUCUCUGGAAGAAAAGAAAGCACAGUUACAAAAUCACAAAAUUAUGCAUCAAGAAAUUAUGACACACCAACAGUUGGUAGAAUCAGUCUGUGACAAAGCGCAACAACUUGUAGAUCAAACUCAUGAUGCUUCUUUAAAUGUUUAUUUGCAAUCCAUCAAACAAUUAUUCCAAAAUAUUGUAACGAAAUCUCAAAACUUACAAGAUAAUUUGGAAGACUGCGUUAAAAGACACGAAGAUCUGGUACGACUUAUUCAGCAGUUUAAAGACUGGCUUGGUUCACAGUCUGAGAAGUUACUUGAUAUUGAGAAUGCGAUAGGUGAAAAACCUGAAAUUACACGAAAACUUCAGUCCGCUCUUGCCCUUAAAGAUAUUGAAAAACUUGGCUCUAGUAAAUUGGAUGAAAUACGGGCAAUAUUUUCUGCUGUUAGCAAGAGUACUUCAGAAAAUGGAAACGCAGCGAUAAAAGGAGAAAUUGAUAAUUUACAUAAACAGUUACGAAAAGCAGUUGAUAAUAUAGGGUCAGCAGAACAAAAGUUAAAACAUACUCUAGAUAUUUGGAAUAAAUUUGAUUCUUCAAUAGAAUCUAUAUCUGAAUGGCUAAAAAAUAUGGAAUCUAAAUGCCGCGACCAAACUCUUUGCUCAACAUUAGCGGAAAAAGAGGCUCAGUUACAGAGGUACGCGGAUCUUCGCAAUGAAAUUCAUGCUAAGGAAAAAGAAAUAGAUGCAUUUAUUGAUGAAUCCCAUAGCCUAAUAUUACUAAGUGGAGUAGAAAGGCUGAAACCUCUUGUAACUCAAGUAAGCAGUCGUUACCAACAACUCCAUUUAAUAUCUAAAGAUAUAGUAAAUCAUUGGUCUGAAUUAGUAGCUGACCACAAGAAAUAUGUUCAGCUUAGAAUUGAGUUCGACACAUGGCUUAAACCUCUAGAAGAACAAUUAUCACAGAUGAUUACAAAAGAAGAUAAGAUCAGCAUUGAAAGUAAAGGCAACAAGUUGCAAGUAUUUUUAUUGGAGAGGGAAAAUGGUGAACAUAAAGUAGGUAUUUUAGGUACGGCUGGAGAUAAAGUUUUACCCGAAACAGCUGCAAACGGAAGGGAAAAUAUAAGGUCCGAGAUCAGGCAAAUUAGGGAAAGAUGGGAUAAACUAAAUGACAGUAUUAUGCAUCAACAAAAAGAAUUUGAAUCUCAAACAUUGCAGUGGUCAAGUUAUCAGGAUAUAUUACAGCAGACGCUGUCUUGGUUAGAUGAAAAAGAAAAAAUUGUUGAAACUGAGGAAAAAAUUGUAGUAAAUUCAGCACAAGAGAUAAAAUCUAGAAUGCUUAGAAAUAAAACGCUAAUGCAAGAGAUUUGCUCCCAUAAAAGAGUUAUCGAAACAGUCACUGAAAAAGCUAAAAGUGUUGCUGCUAGUAUUGCUUCUAGUAAAGGAGAGAGUGAUGAAAUGGCAUCAAUAAUUCAAUCAGUUUGGGAUAGAUAUAAUGCUCUCACAAAUCGGCUAUCAGCGGUUAUAGAUAAACAUGAAGGUGCAUUUGAAAUUUACCAACAAUUCAAUGAUCAACAAAAGUCUCUUCAAGAAUAUCAAAAGCACUUGUGGGAUCGUUUGCAUUCACUAUCAGAUUUUACAGGAAACAAAGCAGCUUUGCAGAGCAAGUUAGGGAAAAUACAAGAGCUUUUAGAUGCCGUGCCUACAGGCAACAAUAAAUUAAAAAUAUUAUUAGAGCUCAUUCAAAAUAACGGAACCAAAUUAUCUCCUCGCGGAAAAGAAGCUAUGUCACGAGAACUAGAACUGCUUAAAGCUGAUUUAGAAAAAUUCACAGCUACAGUUCACGAUGUCAAAAGAGGCAUUGAAGAGAAAAUACAACAAUGGAUUGAAUUCGAUAGUGCUAAUGAUCGAUUGCAACAUUGGUUAAGUGACACAGAAAUGAGUUUGAAGACUUAUACUCCUAAAGCAACUCUAGAAGAAAAGAUAGACCAACUAAAUAAAUAUCAGGAUUUGAGUAAAGCAAUUGAUAAUCACGAAUCUGAUCUGAGUGCAGUUAUUAGUUUGGGUGAAGCCUUGGAUCAAGCAAUUUUAGCUAACUUAAAAAAAACAGAAAACGACGUCGAUAAACUAACAGAUGAGUUUAGUGAUCUUAUUGAGAAUUGUAAUGACACUAGGAUCACCAUGAAUUUGCAACAGUUGACAUCGCGCUUUCAAUCUGUACAUUCUACUGCUAAAGAAUUAGUCAAAAAAUGUCAGCAAGCCGUGAAUGACCACAAUGCUUAUCAAGAAAAAUAUAAUCAAUGUAUGGAUUGGAUUAAAACAGCUCAACACAAAUUUGCUGAGUGUGAAAAUAAUGCAUCCAAUACUCCUGAGGGAAUUAAUAGUAAACGUGAAGGCUUAAAUGAUUUGCUUAGUCAACGACGUAAUGCCGCUCUACUAGUAAAUAAUACUCUUGAAUUAGGUGAAAAACUAUAUCCAUCAACUUCACCUGAGGGCAAAGAACUAAUUGAACAACAACUUCAUGAUAUGCAGCAGGCUGUUGAUAAUUUAUAUGACAACAUCACGAAAGCCGAACGAGAUUUAGAUUCUGAGCUUAACAAAUGGUCUUCAUUUGACGAGAAUCUUAAAGGUGUUAAUGAAUGGUUAAGUUUGGCGGAAAAAAAUCUUCCAAAAGAACUUGUGCUAAAAGCAACGUUAGAUGAAAAACGGAAUCAACUUACUGUGUACAGAAACGACCUGCAAGAUGCAGUUGCUCAUCAACAAGAUAUCACUGACUUAGAAGUUAGAGCGCAAAGCUUGCCUGAUAUUAACAAAAACAUUUCUAAAGAACUGAACAUACUAAAACAGCGACAUGAUAAUAUUCUUGCUCGAGCAAAAUCUUUUGUAGAACAGUAUGAAGCCAUAGUAAAUAAUCAUCAACAGUACAGUAAAGCUGUCAUGGACUUGCAGGAGUGGGUUGAAGCUACUCAUAACACAGCUCAAUUAUGGGGUGACGUUAACUUGGAAAGGGUGGCAUUAAGCAGUAAUUGUGAAAAAAUAAAAUCAUUACAAAUAAGUCUGCCUGAGGAAAAGAAUCGGAUAGACAAAAUAAGAUCACUCGGUGAAAAGGUGUUGCCAGGAACAGUGAAUCACGGUCAAACUAAUAUAAGGAAUCAGAUUGAUGCUUCCCAUCAAGAGUGGGAAGGGCUUGUAUCAUUCAUAAAUAAAAUAAUUGAAUCUUUGGAAAACAAAAUCCAACAAUGGACCGAAUAUGAGAGUAUGAAAGAUCAAUGCUUGACGUGGAUUAGAAAUACAGAUAACCAAAUACACGCAGUUGAUUUGAAAGCAACGUUGCCGGAAAAACAAGAUCAAUACAACAAAUUCCAGGAGUUACAGGGUGAAGUUCGGGCAAAGGAACUUGAAAUUGACAACAUUACAGAGAAAGCCCAACAGCUGUACACUGGUGUCCUUGGAUCUCGAGGUUCUCAAAUAUCUGAAUUAACUGUAAAAUACCAAACAUUAUCACAAAAAGUUAAAGAUUUGACAAAUAGGUGGCAGCAGUAUGUUAAGACACAUCAAGAAUUUACUAGUAAAGUCACUGAAUGUUCUCAAUGGAUAGAAGAAUUAAGAGAUAAACUAGACUUCUGUGCAGAUUUAAGCUCUUGCUCACAAGAUGAUUUAGAAACAAAGUUAGUUUUAAUACAGAAUUUGCUACUCACAAAAGACGAAGGAUUUACUAAAGUACAGUCGAUAGUUGAACUUGCUCAAAACGUAAUGGCAAAUACAGCGCCAUCUGGUCACGAAGCCAUCAAUAAUUCUUUGGUAGCUUUACAAGAACAGUGGUCAGCGUUACUAUCAAGAAUGAUUGAAACUAAGAACUUAUUAGAUGAUUCGGUGACAAAAUGGGCUGGAUUCCUAGAACAAAUACAAUUAAUUCAAAAAAGUAAUAUUUGGCUAGAAAAUAUGAUAGCAGAUUUAACACCAUUUGAAACUUCAAUGUCAGAUAAGCGUGCGCAGCUCGAAAAACUUAAGGAAGUAGAAGAAAAAGCCCGUUGUGAUCGGUUGGAGGUUGAAACAUUAAAAUCAAAAGCUGCUGAAAUGUUAGCUAGUGGACAACAAAAUCAAGCAGCUUCACAAGCCCAGGAAACUCUUAAUAAAUUUGAUUCCUUAUAUGAUAAAAUCAAAAAGCUGUUAGCCGAUCGUGAGGAACAAUAUAAAGACCAUAGGUUAUACAAAGAAGCUCAUGAUGAACUUAUUCAGUGGUUAGGUAGAGCAAGAGAAAAGGUUCCAUCUUUAAAAUCAAAACCAUUAAGUGACAAACUAGCAAUCGAGAACUCAGUAGCUCCACUUGACUCUCUAAUAAACAAACAAGCACAAGGUGAACUAUUAUUAGAGCAUUUGCAACAUACUGGACAAGUUGUGCUAGCGAGUACUUCACCCGAUGGACAGGCUAUAAUUAAAAAUGAGAUGAAAGCUCUUAAAGAAAGCUUUGAGCAAUUGUUUAAUGAAAUAAAGCAACAAAAGAGUCAAUUAGAAGAUACUGUCAAUCAGUGGCGAGAAUACAAAGAUGAAUACGAAAGAUUGUCUGACUGGUUACAACAAAAGGAAAUUCUGAUCAAAAACCACAAACUUGCUUUACUAGGUACUGCUAAAGAAAAGGGAGGCCAAGUAAAUGAAGUACAAGAAAUUGUUGAUCAAUUACAAAAGGGAAAAGUGGAUAUAGAUAAAUUUAAUGCGUCUGCUGCUGGCCUUCUAGCUUCCCAUUUGGAUACUUAUGUUAACAAUCAGUUAAGGCACUUAAACUCUAGAUAUCAAGUAUUACUUAAUAUGGCAAAUGAUGUUCUGAAAAAAGUAGAAACUAAUUACGAACAGCACAAAAACUAUGACGAUAAUUAUGAAAAAACUAAGAAAUGGAUAAAUGAUGCUUGGGAAAUUACUCGUAGUGGAGGUGAUACGGGAAGUAAUAGCAGCAAAGAUGCUUUACAAAAACGUUUAGAUCAAAUCGAAGACUUGCUAAAACGUCGUGAGGAAGGUCAAAAUCUUGUGCACGCUACCGUAAAUAGCGGAGAAAAAGUUCUAAGAAAUACCAGAUCUGAUGGAAAAGAUAGAAUAAACACGGAAUUGAAAGAUUUACAAAGCGAAUGGGAACGCUUAGUCAAAAAGAUGACUACAGCCAAGGUCCACCUGGAAACUGCUUUACUGCAAUGGGCAGACUAUAGUUCUAGUUACUCACAGUUGCAACAAUGGAUCUCCGAUAGAGAAGCAAAACUACAAGAAGUGUGUGAACAGAAAGUUGCCAAGUCAAAGAAGGGCCAAGACCGCCUCGCAGGUCUCACUACAGGCCUAAGCCUUGGUGAAAGGAAAGCCACACUCCGUCAAACAAACAAUAUUGUUCAAGAUAUCGUUUCGUUUGAGCCCAUGAUUCAGUCUGUAACUUCUAAGGCUUCUGAACUUAUGCAACAAGCUCCUGCAUCAGAAAUUACAAGCAAAUACGAGAGUCUAUCCAAACAAGCAAAAGAUUUGUAUGAGAAGCAAAAAGAAACUGUAGAACAGCACCAAGUAUUUAUUGAUGCCGGAACAGAUUUCGUCCAAUGGAUAAGAGCUGCUAAAGAAAAAUUAGGAAAAUGUUCCGAUGCAACAGGUGACAAAGAGUCUCUGAGCAGCAAGAUAUCGCAGCUUAAAGUGUUGGAAAGUGAAUUACCAGAAGGUCAAGCGAAACUCCAAAAAGCACUGGAGCAGGGAGAGAUAUCUUGCGCACUUGCUGAUGACGAAGAUAGGGAAGACAUUGAAGAAGAAGUGGCUCUGAUGCAAGAGGAAUACGAUACCUAUGUUGAACAACUUAACACCACUAAGGCACUUAUUGAGGGUGGUAUCGUCAAAUGGACAGAAUACGAAGAGCAAUACAAAGAAGCCCUGGAUUGGUUGUCAAAGACUGAGAAACUGGUGCAAUCCUUCAACAAAUUGCAGAACAGCUUAGAACAAAAGAAAGUGGUUUUAGAAGAGUUCCAGGGACAUCUCCAAACUCUGUUUGAUUGGCAAGCGGAGUUAGACAAGCUUAACAUGCGAGCGCAGACGUUACUCGAAACGUGUUCUGACACGAGGGUCUCCAAUGGUAUUACUCAACUCACUACUAAAUAUAACGCGAUAUUGUCGCUUGCUAAGGAGGUGAUGAAGCGAUUGGAACUGCAUUAUCAGGAGCACCAGCAACACAACGCUUUGUAUGGAGAAUGCCAAGAUUGGCUAGACAGAACUCGGGAGAAAUUGAACCAGUGCGCUGAAAUCCCAAAUACAUUACAAGAAGUCAACAGCAAAAUCAACACUGUGAAGCUUUUACGUCAGUCCUUAGAACAAGGUCAAAACAAAUUAAGGUACCUUUUAGAAUUGAAAGAGAAGGUUAUAAUGAAUACGGAGCAAACUGGAGCGGCCAAAAUACAAGAAGACACCGAUAGCUUAAAGCAAGAAUUUGAUAAAUUAAUCGCUGAUUUACAAGAAGUGCGCAAUAAGUUGACGAGCAGAGCAUCCCAGUUUGAUGAUAUUUCUAAGAUCCAUAAAUUAUUGGUAGAGUGGUUAGAUGAUAUCGACCAGAAAAUACAAUCAGAUGACUCCCUCCUUAACGACCUCUCGGAAAAGAAGGCUAAAUUGGAGAAAUUCAGAACCUUUAACCGAGACAUUGACUCCCAUAAAGAUCUUGUCAAUAAAUUAAAUGACAAACUUCGAGAAGAUCCAUCCUUGAAAUCUAAAGAAAUUGAUGACACUCUACAGCGAUACAGUGAAAUAAGAACAACGGUCAAUGAUAUGAUUAGCAAACUCGAAGACUACGUCAACACUCACAUCCAAUACAAAGAAUCCUAUGAUAACUUCUAUGAUUGGAUCCGUAACCGUAAGAUUGAAAUCCAACAAUGCUCAGACUCCCAUGGCGCUAAAGAAGAAGUACAAAAGAAACUAAACAACGUUAAUAAAAUUAUAAGUUCACUUCCCAAAGGGGAGGCAUUACUUCAAAUAGCCGUAAAACUAAGUGAGGCUGUGUUAGAAACAACAGGAAAUGAAGGAAAAGACAAUAUUAAUCAGGAAAUUAAACAAUUAAAGAUAGAAUGGGAAAACUUGCAACAAAUUUGCAAAGAUACCAAGAAAUUAUUAGAAAAAUGCUUGACAGCCUGGUCUGAUUUUAUGGAGACUUCAGAUAAGAUGAAUUCAUGGGUUAAGGACUUUGAUAGCAAGUUAAAUGCUGUACAAAAGGUGGAUAAAAUAACACCCGAGUAUCUAGACAAGUGUCGCGAUCUUCUUGCUCAAGCUUUGGCUAAUAAACACGUGAUGGAAGAACUAAAUGAUAGAUGUGAGAACUUAAUGGAACUAAGCGCUUGCGCGUGGGUCCGCGAUAAGACUGUUAACUUGCAAACUGAGUAUACAUCUCUAUUAACGAAGAUUCAAGGCUUGGUUUCCAAUGGAGAGAAAAACCUUUCUGAUCACACGGAAUUUAUAAAAGCAAAGGAAGAACUUAAGAAAUGGUUAGAAACAGCACAUGGAACGGUACAUGACUCCAUUGGCGUUGGUGAUAUUGACACUACGAAAGACAAAUUAGAAACUGUUCAACUAGUCACGAACAGGAUGACUGAAGGUCACCAUUUACUUCUUAUUCUACAAGACGCCUUCAAAAAGGCUCUAAACAACACGCCACCUGAAGAACAAGAUGGUUUACGAAAUGACGUGAAAGUCCUACAAGAGAGUUGGGACCAACUUAAAAUAGAUCUUAACUCAAUUACUGCUCAACUUAAGGCUGCAAUCGGAAAAUGGGAAGACUUUGAAGAUUCAAAGAAUAAAAUUAAUCAGUGGAUAAAAGAUACGGAACAAAAUCUAGACAAAGUACCCCCAACAGGUGGUGAACUUGGUGAAAUGAAGACUCUACUUGAGAAAUACAAACAUAUUGAAGAUGAGAUCGCUAACAAAUCACCUGAACUACAGCGUCUUAAAUGUGACGCUAACGAACUUAGCAGUUGGGCAAGAAAACCAGCUGUGAAAAACGCCGUAAAAGACAUAGAGAAGAAAAUUGACGUCUUAAAAUCUAAGUGUGCAGCAAAGAAAGCAGAACUUGAAUCUGAAAUCAAAGAUUAUAAUCAGUAUCACCAAUCGCUGCAAGACACUGAGAAAUGGUUACUACAAAUAUCAUUCCAACUUAUGGCACACAACUCGUUGUACAUUGCCAAUCGUGAACAGACCGAAGAACAGUUAGCCCAGCAUGCUGUUCUUUUAGAUGAUAUUCAGAAAUAUCAGUCAACUUUGGACGAUUUGGAAGCAAAGGGCCGCGCCCAAAUCGAAAGAUAUGAAGUCACCACGCCUUCAAUUCGUGAUACAGUAGGAAAGCAACUUAAGAAUGUUAGUGACAGUCACAAGAGUUUAUUAGCAACAGCACUGCAGAUUGAACGUCGGUUAAGGGAAGGACUCGCGAAGUUCAAGGAAUAUGAAGACACAUUGGAAAGUAUUUUGAAUAAUUUAGACGACUGCGAGCCGGCGAUUACGGAAUUAGAUGUACCUGUAGAUGGUCUUUCGCAUGGACGGGACUUGCUUGACAAAGCAAGGGCACUCCACAAUCGUCUUCAAACUGAGAAGAGCAGGCUUUCUGCAGCUGUAGCAGCGUGUUCUGCAGCAGCCGCCUCGGUCUCCCGCCCCUCGUCCCCCGCAGACACUGCACCCCUUCCGGUACCUCCUCGCGAGUUGCACGUGCGCGCUAGACUGGAGGACUUAAUUGAUCAGAAACAUGUAAGCGAGAUAGGCAGAGCAAGAGUUGACACCUUAAUUAAGACACUCGAAGCACCUGAGUUCAGCCAGAAAUUUGUGGCUUUUGAGAAAAGGGUACAAAGCCACCUUGAAACACUACGGGACGCUGUUAGUGGAAUGGAAGAAGCUAUGAAGCAAGUGGUGGAGAUCCAGGAAUGGAUAAAUGUACAUAAUGCUUUAGCACAUGAUUGGCUCUCAAAUCCGACUAAACUACGUCCUGAAGCUGCUAAACAAGACAUGGCGGCUAUGAAUGACGCUCUUGCGUCACUGGCUGAAAAGAGGAAUAGGAUACUUACUGAGAUACCCACUGAAGGGCUGGAAGAUGAAAUAAACCUUGAAGAAGAUCUUAACGAGCUAGAACAGACUAUACUUAAGGCUAUUGAAAGGGAGAAGGGCAACCAAGCUAUCAUAGAUAACUUCAGACACAAAUGUCAAGAAAUUCAUGAUUGGUUUGAUUCAGUGCUUAAAAAAAUGUGCUUGGCUGACAAAGGUUCUGGGUUACCUUGUCCGCAGAAAUUAAAUGCUUUGAAAGAGUUGACAGCUGAGUUUAGCCAAGCAGGCAAGGAAAAAGUUGAUAGUAUUAAAACGGUUGGAAGUGAUGUCAUAAACAUUGUCAGCAAUCUGGAGUCACAGCAAGUAGAAGAACAAAUGAAAUCUGUAGAAAGAAGAUACAAUGAUAUUGCUAAGCGUAUUCAGCGUAAACUACAAAUGCUUGAAAUUACGUAUAAAGCAAUCGAUGGCACAAAGAGUGAAGUGUCUGCACAAAAUGAAUGGAUGCAGAAAGAAAUUGACAAUAUUGUGCAUCCUGAACCUCUGGGGUAUGACAGUAAAUCAGUCAAAGAUAGACAAAAGAAGGUAGCCAAUUUACUUAAAGAGACUGAUAGCAAAAAAACAGUUAUUGAUUCAUUAGAAAAGAAAGUAAGCAAUAUUCAAUCUGAACUUGAACCUUCGGAGCAAAUGCAACUAGAAUCAGAGCUAUCUGAAUUAGCAUCAAAGCAAAAACAACUUGUUUCUCUCAUUAAGCAAGAAAUUGAAAGAUUAGGUGGUUGUUCUGAAAUAAGGAAGAAAUUAGAGAACGACAUCGAAAAGGCUAAGAACUGGCUUAAAGCUAAACUAACCGAAAUUAAAAAACUUGGGGGACCGAUUCCUUUGGAAGUAGCUAAGGUAGAAAAAGAAAUCGCAGUACAUAAAAAACAUCAGAAUGAGCUAUUAGAUUUCCAUAAUGAGUCUCUUACUGAAGUUAUGCGUCAAGGUAACGCUGUAUCUAAAGACUGUUCAAGUGAAAACAGGGCAAAAUUACAGGCUAUACUGGAUGACCUCAAUAAGUCUUACACUUCUGCUAAAAUAGAUAUUGAUGAAAAACUUGCUGCAUUAAACAAAUUAUUACAAGGAAGAAACGAGUUUGAAGCAGGCGUUGCUAAGAUUCAGAGCUGGUUGAAUGAAGCAGAAGUGGCUGCCACUCCAGAAUUACGAGCAGUAUCUCUGCAACUUUUAGAAGAACAACUAGCUAAAUUUGAAAAGCUCAGCAAAGAAGCCGAUGACGUAGAAAAGAAUAUCAAUAAAAUUAAAGACAAGUCUAAAGAUAUGAUGGACACUUUAUCUGACUCUAAUAAAUUACAACUCAAAGAACAAGUCAAUGUUCUAUCUGAUAGAUUUGCGAGAAUUAAAGCUGUUAUAAACGACAAAAAGAAUAUUUUACUCAAACAUAUCAAAGAAUACAAAGAUGCCGUUGCUAAAAUAGCUGCUGCAUUAGAAUUCUUAAAUGAAAUCCAAAAUAAACUUAAGGCAUUAAAUAAACCAAUAGGUAGCAAAGUUGAAGAUGUUCUGCCUAUUAUUCAGGCCUAUGAAUCUAUCUUAGAUGAUCUCAAGAAGAAUAAAGCUAUGCUCAAUGAAUUACAAGGUGGUAACGUUCAUGAUCUACAAGAUAUUUUGUCAAAACAAGAUGAAUUAAUGAAUACCAUUGAUGACCAAAUAUCUAAAUUGAAGCAACUUCUCCUACUACGUGAGCAAUUCUUUGCUCUUGUUAAGGAAAUUGAAGAUUUUAUUUCAAAAUACACGGAGCUCACUUCCGAUAUUGAAAAAUCAAAUGAUUCCCUAGAAGACAAAAUAAAACGUUACGAUGAUAUAAUUGCAAAAAUACAAGGUUGCGAAGCUUUACUUGCAACUGCGACUGACAAAGGUCAGCAAAUUGCCGCAGAAGGCACUGUUAUUGACAGAAACAAUAUCACUGAACUACUGCAAUCUCUAAAACAACAAUUACUGACAUUGAGAAGAACUGUUGAAGCGAUGCGUCAAGAACAUGAAAGAGCUGCCGCUGAACAUAAGAAGUUAGCAGCGGAUCUCUCUGAAAUUCUUCAAUGGCUUCACGAUAAUGAAGCGGCAGUACAUUCACGGCCUCUUUUAAAUAGAGAUGUUGCUAGUGUUGACAAAAAACUUAUUGAACAUGCUACUCUAGCUAAGAAUGUUCAGUCUUAUUUAGAAAAAUUAACAAAGAUAAUGGACAUUAUUAAAAAUGACGAUGGUGUUCCUGGCACGUUACUAGAAAUGGUAUCAGAAGGCAAUUCUCUUAAAUCAUCGCUGCCUGCCGAAUUAGGAAACAGAGAAAAACAUCUACAAGAUAAUAAGAAAUAUAGACAGCAAUAUAAACAAAUGGUAGAAAAAUUAAACAUCUGGGUAAAUGAGGCGGGAAUAAGGUUAGGAAUGGGUAAAAAUGGAACUGAUUUUGAAAAUAUUGAGGCUGACUUGGAUGAACAUAAGACAUUCUUCAACACAUCUGAACCAGAAAUGAAAGACUUAGUUGGAAAGAGAAUGCAGGAUAUUGUAGACAAAAUUUGGCCCUCGCUUACUGCUUCCGAACAAGAAGAGCUGUCAAAGGAGCAUCAGAAGCAUAACCAACUACUGAAAAACACACUCAAUUCUGCAAAAUCUAGGCAGGCGCAGUUGGAACAAGACUGGGAAAUUUGGAAGGACUUCUGUCAACUUGUUGAUAAAAUUAAGGCGAUUUUAGACAAGAACGACAUAGAACAGGAAUCGGUGACCUCAGUGGAUGCGCUUCGCAUGUACGUUGAGAAGUUGGAGCACGCCCAGAAAGACUUAGAGAACCAACAGCCACUCCUGGACGUAGUUCGGGAGCGGGCGAGGGAGCUGUGCAGCGGAGCAGACGCGGCGAGCGGUGAACGUGUAGAGCAAAAAACCAGGGACCUUGUCGCCGGCUGGAAUGUAGCUUUGGAAGGUCUAGCAGAGCGCGCAGUAGAGGCGGACAGCCAGCUCCAACGCUGGAACCAACUCCUUGAUACGCAGAGAAGUCUUGGCUCAGCGAUCACAGCUAUUGGCGACCGCCUACGCCAACUUGACAGCAACCCAUCCACGCGAAGACGCGCUCUGGACACAAGGCAUGCUCUGCAGGAAUUACAAAGCGAAGUAUCAAGCUUGGAAGAGACGAAAGAUGAUCUGCUGGAGCACGCGGACUUCAUCGUAUCUCUGCUGAAGCCCAACUCCAAAGAAGCCGCCGCCGACACUGAGAAGAAUGUCAAGGAAUUAGCGGAGGCCUAUGAGAAAUUGCGACAGACUAUCGCGACGAGACUCGCGGAGAUAGACGACAUAGUUUCCGAGUUCGAUCGCGUGUCGGAGAAGAUCGAACAGCUCCGGCAGCAGAUCGAGGUGUACAUCGCCAAGGUCGGGACCUUCUACGUGUUCGGGGAGGACGACGCGGAAGGCGUGCACCGCCUGGCCGAACAGGUUGCGGACCUCGCCAAGCAGACGAAGAACUUCGCCGACGAGAGCCGGCGGCGCUACGGCGGCUCGGCGCCCGCGGACGUGGCGCAGGAGCUGUCUGCGCUAGAGCUUUCGGCGGAAGCGCUGGCCGCGGCCAUGGAGGAAAAGGAGCGGGAGUGGAAGCGCGCGCGCACGGCUCGCGGCGACUAUGCGGCCGACGUGGACGCCGUGCAGGCGUGGUUGCGCGCGGCCGAGCUCACGGCGCGCGAGCGUACGCUGCCACCGCAACCCUACCGCGAGCGCCUAGUGGCCACGCGCGCCGAGGUGCCUGGCGUGGCCGACCGUGUGGAACGCCUUACCCGCAACGCGCGCGCCAUCGUGGAGGGCAGCCGCGACCCCGCCGAGCGGCAACUGGUGCAGUCCACGGUGGCCGCGCUGACGGAGCAGUUCUCGGCCGUAUGCAGUGAGCUGGAGGCCCGCCAGGGCGCCGUGGAGGACGCAUGCGAUGCCGUGGCGCGCUUCUCCUCGCUGUUGGAGAAAGUCCUGCUAUGGGUGGAGACCCAGCGCGCAUUCCUCGCGCGGCCACUUCCGUUGGCCGACUUGCAGGAGGCGCAACAGAAACAGACUGAAUACGGGAAUGCCUUUAAGAGUUGUAAGCAGCAAGCUAAAAAUUUAGCCGAUAUGGCAAAGGAACUGGAAGCUAUUGAGCGGGUCACGAGCCCGGGAGACCUACCAUCCAGGCUCGAGGCCGCCGAGAAUGCAACCGUUGAUGUCGAGAAACGUUUGGCGAAAACGAAUGGCUUACUACAAGAAUUGGCAGAAGAGUGGGAGAGAUGUGAGAAGAAACUUAAGGAUGUCGGACACUGGCUCGAGGCGACAACGAGAACGUUGGAGGCGCCACAGAACGCUAAAAAACCUUUGAGGGACAGAUUAGCGCUAAGGGAGAAAUUGAUCAACGACAUUUCAACACAAAAAACCAAGAUUUCGUACGCGGUCGAGAAACUCAACGUACACUUCGGGCCGGACGGCGUGGCGGCGCAGGGCAGCGCGCCGGGCGGCGUGCAGGCGGCGGCGCGCGAGCUGGCCGGCGCCCUGGACGCGCUGGCGGCGGCCACGGGCGCGCAGGCCGCGCAACUGGCCGCUGCGCUGGCGCACGUGGACGCGUACUGCGCAGACGUGGCGCGGCUGCGCGCGCAGCUGCUGCAGGCCGAGCAGCAGCUGCGCCACGCCGCGCAGCCCAACUACAGCCCGCGCGAGCCCGAGCGCGCCGCCGAGCACCAGCAGGAGGUCGUGCGGCGUAUCGAAGAGCUGACUCGCAACAUCUACGAGCUCGACCCGUACUUCAGCAUGCCGAGCGAGGAAGACCCGGCCGCCACUCUGGCCAUGCUCGUGUCGAGCGGCGCCAGCGCGCGCGCCAACCGGCGCCCGCGCUCACCCGAGCGGCGGCCCCGCGCCGCGCUUGCCGUGCCCACGCUAGCCGCGCGUCCGCAUAGCCCCGCCUGGCUGCCGGGCGGCACCACCUACGCCGAGAUAGUCAAGGGCCAGGGCUCCCGCUCCGCCUCGCCGGCCGAGCGAGCCCCGAGCACUCAGCGGCUCCUUUUGCACAGAAUGCCUUACGAGCCCGAGAGACAACGUUCCCGCUCUAGAAACACGAGCCCAGAGGAAACUUAUCAAAGUGAAAUAAUCAGUGCAGUGCGACCGGAUACAAAGCCGGUCGAAUGCAGUGAGCCAGUGCAAGGCUUUAGUGAAAUCGUAUGCGAAAUAAGUGAGAGUGAUGCGUUCGUGAGUGACGCAGAUGUAUAUUAUGACACUGACACGCGUGAAAUAUCAGAUUGUUAUUCGCAGAAGUCGAUUGAAUAUAGUCAAAGUGAAAUCAAAGCACCAACUUUAACUCCGCAGAUUGACGACAUUUCGCCCCAAUCCAUAAAAGAGACAGAAUCUUUGGAUUAUUAUGAUAGGUCAUUGAGCCCAUCAGCAAAAUAUCGUUCUCAAGAUUUAUCAUAUGCGGAAAUACUUGCUCUUGGUUUGCGUAAACAAGCGAACGCUCAAUAUAUAACAUCUUUACCAAAACCACAAGUGGCACAAGUUGAAAUGGUUAAAGAAAUCGUGGUUGAGGUUGAAAAAUCUGCAUUAACACAGUGUGAACACAAAAAUCAAAUAAAAGAUCCUAAAUCGAAAAAUCAGAGGCAAGAAAAGCCUUCUCAACGCAGUCGAUCGAGAGACAUGCCUAGACAGCGUAGAGCUCCUGAUAAACGUUCAUUACAGAAAACAUAUGAUAUCCAAAUGACAAAGAAGAAAAAAAUAUCAAAAAAGGUUAUUGAAGUGCAAGAAUUUGAUGAUAAUCCUGAGUUUGUAGAGGUAGACAAUACUCCUGUACUCAGUACCAUGGAAUUGAUUGAGCAUGACACGCCGGUUCAAAAUAUAAGUCCUGUUUCCGAUAAUAUUGCAGCAACAGAAACACCGUUAAUCGAUAACAGGGAAGGUGAACAAAAGAAAAAUAAGAAAAAGCAAAAAGUAAAAAAAAAUAAAGAGGUACCAGAUGAAAUUGAAAAGGCUCUGAAAGAAAUCGAGGAGUCUGAAAAACAAAAAAAGAAAAAAGCUAAAGAUACUCGAGAUAAAAGUAAAGAAAGUACCUCAGAGUUACGAGAAAUAAUACCAACAUUAAAUGUAAUGGAUUCUAAAACAGAAUCAAAAGAAACAGAUGGUCCUUCUACCAGUAAAGGUAGAAAAAAGAAAGGUCAAAAACCGGAUAAGAUUAAGAAAUCUGCGACUGAGUUUACAAUAGAUGAAACAUCAAUACAAACCGAAACGUUUGUGGAAUCCUACGAAAAUCUAAAAUCAUCAUUAGUUGAUAAUUUAGAAAAGGGUGAGCUUUCAAAACAAGGCCCAAUAGGUUUACAAACCUCUGAAAUAUAUGACGCUGUAGAAUUUGCUGGACCUACAGUAGAAAAACCACAGUUGUCAGAAGGAUUUUCAAGUAAUAAGGAAAGUCGUCGUAAAGGUGCACCCAAUGAAAUAAUUGCAUGUGAUGAGAAACCACUCGAUUCGCAAAUAAAUUAUCCAAUUAGUGAUAAAACGUUGGAAAACGUUAAUAUUUUAGAUAAACCAUCAGAAAAUAUGGAAAUGAGAGCGGAAAAACAAAAGAAAAAACCGAAACAAAAAAAACACGAUGACACUCAAAAUCAGCUUUUAACUUCAACUGUUAAUCUGAACAUAUUCACAAAAGAUUCUAACCAACUUGAAUCAGUUAAACAAAGUGAUAUUAGUGGUUCUGGGGCACUCUUAAAUGAACCCUCAGUAGGUGAUACCAUUAGUAUAGAUAUUGAAAAACCGCAGCAGAAGCCUUUAACGAAGACAAAAGUGGACAAUAUUAUUGAACAACAAAAGAAAGUAAAACCAAAGAAAUCUGAUACAAAAGACCAACAUACAGAAGAAAAAAAUAUUUCAAAUAGUAAUCUAUCUGAAUAUACACAGGAAAGCGCAAACAAAGAGACUAAACUACCUAAAAAAAAGUCAAAAAGCAAGAAAGUAAAACAUCAUGUAGAGGAUGAUAUAGAUAAAGCGUUAAAAGAAAUUGAAAAAAUUGACAAGAGUAAACGAAAAACAAAGGAUAAAACUCUUGAAAUUGAAAAUACUCUUGAUGAGGUUUAUCCAAGUGAUACUGUUACAGAAAAUCUUGUAGAAACUGUUAAAAGCAGUAUUGUUACUAUGGAUUGGAAUACUUUGAUGGCAGAAGAAGAUACGGAGUCAACUUUUGAACCAAUAACCGAAUCAAUGGAAGAAUCAAAUAUUGAGAAUAAUCCAGAGCAAAUUGCGUCUGAAGUGACGAUUUUAUUAGAAGCACCUGUCCCGCAAAAAGGUACUCACAGUACUGAGGAUUUGGAAAUUCCUACCGAAAAAACAAUGGCCUCAGAAACAACUAUCGCGUCCAGUACAGAAAUACAUUUUCCACAAACUAGUGAAUCCCAAACAGAAACGUGUUUAAUGAGUUCAAUAAAUGAACAGAAUAACAAUGAUAAAUUCUUUUUUACUGAUUCUCAUAAAGAAAGCGAAGGAAGUGUGGUACAAGAAAUCACCCAAUUUAAACCAAUUGAACCGGAUCAAGAAACCCGUACCAUAUAUCUUAUAACACACGAGGAGAAAAAACUACCUCCUAUUAGGACUGUAAAAAUCUUUCGCAGUAAAAAUAACUCAUUAGAGGAUUCUUCCAUUGAAGUUGAUACAACCACGCCUGGUUUAGCUACUAAUAUGGAAAAAGAAACAGAUAGGAUAGAUAAAAAUAUUGAAAAUAAAGUUGUUGAGCAAGAUAAAACUGAGGCAGAUAUCUCACAAGCUAAAUAUGAAGAAAGUAUUGCAUUUAGUGAUUCUAUACCUGCAACAGGAGUAUGUACAGAAUUUGUGGAAAGCUCAAACUCUGACCCUAAUGAAGUUGUUGACAUAUUACAUGAAAUGGAAGAUCGUUCACAGGAUACAAAAAAUAAAUUGCAAGUCAACGCUUUUUCAAAAAUUGAUUUGGAAAACAAACAACUUGAUGAACCAAAUAAAGAAAAAAAUGACAUCUUAGAUACCCAAAAGGACCUGAUUAUUGAACAAACUCCCAUUGAUAAAACUGUUCUGCCUGAAUCAAAUUCAAAUGAAUGUGAAGAUGAAAUUCUUGAACAAGUUAUAUUUGGAUCUGUUCAAGAAAGAAAAAGACCAGAAUCAAGCUUAAAACCAAUUUCAUAUAAAGAUCUUGCUGAUGAGAUAAAAAUAUAUUCAAUUGGUUGCGAUUUCCAGCAACUAGAUUACGAGUACUGUCAAUUAAUGGUAAAUGAACGUGAAAAAUCUUUAAUAAUUAAAAGUGAUGAAACUGUGGGUGGCCACGGAUAUGUUGAAAUAUCUUCAGAUUCUAUCAAUAAGAAUAAGAUACCUAAGGAACAAGGGUUUUCUUCUGGCCCAGACAAAGAUUUACAACCUAUAAGCAUUUGUAAAACGGUUGAUAUGACUAUGAAUGCAAAUCUACAGACAGGAAUACAUCAUGAAUUAAGACAAGAUUUAAAAAACGAAUUUUCUAGUGAUUUAUCCCAGAAUUCUAUAAGAAUAAUUAACGAAAAAGGAAAUAGUUUUAAUUACCAAGAUUUAGCUGACGCUGAAAACAAAUAUGCUAGCUUAAAAACUUCGGCAUCUAGAGAAAAAUCUAAUAUAAAAGAUAACAUAUUAGAUUUAGGAGAAACUGAUAGUAUUACUGAAAUAUCAUACUGUCAAAAUGCAUUAAACUCUACUAAAACGGAACAAGAACGAACGAAAACACUAAAACCUGAAGCAAUUAUAGACCUAAAAGAAAUAGAUAGAGAUUUAAUAAAGGAAACUCCUAAAUUUAAUUAUCAAGAAAUAUCAGCUGCUGAAAAUGUGUUAGGAACAUUAAACUCUAUAAAAUCAAACACUUCAAGUAGUGAAAAUCAGUGCGAAAAAGACUUUGAUAUAUUGGUUGCUGAUGAUUCAGCCGAAAAUACAAGCAAAACGGAGAGUACAAAAGUCACAGAACAAAAGGAUAAAAAUACAAAAACACUUAGUUCCGAGCCUUUGCAGUCUAGCUUUCAUCAUAUGUCAGAUGCAGAACGCUUAUUGGCUUUACCUCAAAAAACAACAUCAAUACUAAGAAACGAUUUAAAUGAAGAAAACAAUUCAGAAAAAACCCUGAAUGAGUCAGUUGCGAUUUUUCAACGAUCACCAUCUGAAGAACUGUCCUGUACAAUGACUGAUAUCUUACAAACUUUGGAGAAAACUCAAUCAGAACAAAAUACUGAUGAGAAUCAUGAGAGAAUCCCAUAUGAGCAGAAUAUACUAAACGACAACUUUCCUGUGCAGAAUUAUAUUGAUAUCAAGGAUGCAGAUAUUAUGCUUGCAAAUAUUUUAUCACAACCUAGUGGCAGUAAUAUAGAAUUAAUUUUGGAUUCUGAACUUAAACAGUCACUGCUUGCUUUUGCUAAAUCAGAUGACCUAAAAUUAUAUCCAGAAGAAAUAGCUACAAAUGACUACAAUGCACAUCAUAUCAUCAGACCUGGUAAUUCAAGCUCAUAUGAAGAUAAAAUAAAAUCUAGUUAUAAAGAAACUAUAGUUGAAGUACCAAGAUUUAGUUACCAUGAUAUCGAUGAUGCUGAGAAGUUACUUGUAACUUCUCGGAAGGUUAAAAAUGAUUAUAUUCAGUCGCAGAAAAUUGACAACAUUUUAUCAGAACUUUCUUCUCAAAGGGCCAUGCAAUCAGAUUUAGUCCAUAAGGAUGCUUUAAAUAGUAGCAAACCUAAAAUCUGUGAGGAAAGUAUCGUGAACAAAGCUAUGCCUGAAAAUACUGCCAAUACAGUAUCAAGGAAUAUGGAACUUUUCUUUGACAUACCUAAUCACCCUUACUAUCAAAUUUGCGACGCUGAAUAUCUUUAUGCAUCUUCUGCAAGUCGCAAAAAUAUGGACACAAAAAUUAAUAUGAAAAUUGAUUCAUUUAGCAGUCAUCAUAUAGAGGAAGUUAACGUUCAAGAAUCAGAUAUAAAUCAGAAAACAACAAAAUUUACUUAUGAAAAAGAUAUUUCAAUAGAAUCACCACGCCAAGAAACUAACCAGCCCUUAGCUGCUGAGGACGCUCUUUUAGAAGUAUUAGAAGAGAAAGUAAUGUCUCAAAAUAUGAAUUCUACAUAUACUACUGAUUUUAUCAGCAAUGUAAUAUCAAAUAUCGAAGAAACAAACCCUGUGAUUCAUGAAAUUGUAAAUGAAAAUAAUAAAAAUCAAAAUAAAGAAGAAACACAGGACGGCACAUCUAUUUUAAAGAUAGACGAUAUUAGUGACUCACUUGUGCCAGUAGUAUUUAGCGGUCUGAAAGAAUCAUUGCUAAACCAACAAACGGAAAAUCGACUAACUACGGAAGCUUUUGUUGAUAAACGAUUUUCAAUACAAGAUGAGGACGAAUUUGUAUUAAUAGAUGUUAUAGACGAAGCGACAACAUUUGAUGAUAGUAUUGAAACGAAAAAUAAAAACCAAAUCGUUGAAUCAUCUGACAUUGUCGAAGAUACAUUUAAGUUAAUUGAUUCACCAAUUCAAAAUAUUACCUAUCAAUCAACAAACAGAGAAAUUGCUAGCGAACAGGAAAGAAUUUUAGUAGUUUCAGAAACCACACAAGCAUCUAACUUAGAUGAAGGCCGAAUCACAAAUGCUCCACCAAAUGUGCACGAUUUUGAAUUUGAAACAGAUUUUGAGAUUAUUCCUGAUGCGUCAACAUUACAAGAAAAUAAUCUUACGCAACCACUUCCAAGAAAUAUUGAGUUCCAGAAUGAGCCCGGCAGAAUUGCUUUGUCAGCACCUAUUGAUUGUAAAAAUGCUAGAUUAGCCAAAUCCUCGUCAGAGAAUUUACAAACUAUUGAUACGCAUCCACGUCUUACUGACAUGAUAAGUACGGAUAAUAAUUUAUCGGAAUCAAAUAAACCUACUCAUGAUGAAAUUAAAACAACUAAAAAUGUAAUCGUUACUAACAAAGGUUUUAAUGUAACUGACGCAGAUUCUAACACAGCGCGUCCUGAAAAGUCUCCCAUACAUAGUUUGCAUGAUCUUUUACCCGAAAUCGAUUCCAUUCCUGAAUUCAAACCUUCGUACACAAACACAGUUUUGUACUCUAAUCUAUCAGCUGAUGCACCAGAAUUUAGACCUUCUUAUAUGUUUAAAUCUAUUGAAAUAGGUCAGAAUGACAACAAAUUACCUCCAGCUGAUACUAAACAAGAAAUUUGUAAAUCGAAUUUAGAUAAACUGCCUGACACACUAGUAUUAACAGAUGAAGAUAAGACAGAACCUCAAAUACCAAUGGAAGAUGUAACAGGUCUUCCAUCUUAUUCAUCUGUAUUAACAAAGAGUAAAAAACUACAAAAAGAAUCCCAGGAUCAAAUAUUGGAAGAUAUUAGCACAAAUUUGAAAAAACCAGUAGAGCUUGAUCAAAGUGAUCUUAAAGAAUCGAAAUCAAAGAAGAACAAAAAAAAGAAAAAGGAUCAAGACAAGAAGAAUGUUGCAGCCGUUGAAAAGAUUUCUAGUGUAGGACAAAUUGUUACAGAUGUACCGGUCGAUGAAAAUAUUUGGGUCAAGAUGGCUGAAGAUGGAAAAUCAUAUGCUCAUGUUCUUUCUGAGGGAUUAGUCUCAUUGGACGACAAAUCAUCUGAAACAUCAAAAACUUUUAAAAAGACUGAUGAAAACUUUGACCAACAAAUAAGAAUAACUAUUCAUGAACAGCUAAAAGAAUGUAAUAUAAGUCAAAGCUCUUGGGCUAAACUUGGCGAAGAAAGUACUCAGCCACAAAAAGCCCCUGUUAUAUUUGUAGAAGAAUCAGAUAAUGAAAAUAAGAAAUCUGAAGUCCAAGUUGAUGAUGACGGAUUUAUCAAAGUAGACAGACAUCGAAGAUCGAGAUCUAGGUCCAGAUCCCGUGAAACUCGCUCAACUUCAACAUCAAAACCUGUUGAGUUUUCUCGUGAUAAAUCGGAAAAUAAAUUUGAUGUACUAACAAGUACUUUAAAUCCGGAAUAUGAAUCAGUUCAAAAUCAGCCAUCUUCAGAAGAAAAAGAUAGAAUUAAAAAAAAUAAAAAGAGUCGUUCUUCUAAAAAUCGAGAUAUCACAUGUUCAUCAAUACAGGUAGCUUUAAGUACUUCAGAUGAAGAAAAGCUUCCUGUGAAAAAGGAUAAGAAGAAAAAAUCAAAAUCAAAAGAAAAUACAAUCAAACCUAUUGAAAAUACAUCUGUUCAAGAAACAGAACGACAACUUUCUGAAAAUACUGAAUUAGUGCAACAACAACAAGAAUCUGUAAGCCAAAAAAAGAGGAAGAAAAAAGAUAAGAAAGUUGGUGAUUCGUCCGAUGUUUCUCUAUCGAAAGAGGUAACUUUGUCACAGCCAGGCAAUAUAAAAUCUGCCCCUGAAACUCUAAAAAUUGUAAGAACACCAUUGUCUACACCAGAAUUGCAACAAACGCCACUAAAAGAUAGAUUUUAUGCAGAUGCUCAGUUUUGGAAAACUGAUCCUACUGUACUAGAUGACUUAAGGUAUAUGACUGAAAACCUAACUGUUGAAAUAAAUGAGGAUGACAUGAAAAAAUCAAAAAUUAUAUUAGACGAAGUUCAUACAGAUGAGAAAGACUGUGAAUCCAAUAUUCCUUUAGAAGAUACAGUACGAAAACAAAAGUCACAUGAUUUGACAGACAUUAAAAAACAUCAAAAUAUUACAGAAGAAAUCGAAGUUUUACAAACGAAAAAUGAAAAAUUAUCCGAGGAACAAUCUCUUGAAAAUAAAAUGGCAGAUUUACAGAGAGAAAUUGAAGAAAUGCUUUUGCCAGAAAAUGAAAAUUCUGGUUUAAAUGUAUCAAUGGAUGAGGAUGAAAUGUUUUGUAAUAUGAGUCCUAUACUUGCUUCACCGGAUCCAGAAAAACAUUUAGUGCCUGCAGAUACUGAUAAGGUUCCAGAAACAAGUGCUUCUAUAAAAGGAGAUAAAGUGUUAAAAAAUAUUGUACCUUUCCUGGAAUCUUUGAAAGCACAAGAGUUAAUAGACAACUCCGAUAAUGUAAAUAUUACUGAUGAGGACACUAUUUUAGAUGGUGAUGAUCACAUUAUUGUUAAUAUGAUUGACUUAGAAGAUUCAGAAAUAUCUUUAGCUGAAACAGAAAAUUGCGUGCAAUUCAAACAAGACAAACCAUUACUUACAGACACCUCCCACAAGCAUGCAAUUGAUUCUGAACCCACAAAUACUAACGCUGCUAAACUUGUUACUAACAAAUUAUCAAAUAUAAAAUCAGAUACAUUUUGGCUUGAUAAAUCUGCGACAGAUGAUGCGGAAAAAACAUUAGGCGAACGAAAUAGUUUGAGUUUUGUUAAAUUAACCACCCCGCUAGAUAAACUUGCAACCCCAAAUGGAGAAUACAUAAACUUGGAAAAUAAUCUUAAUAACGAUAACUCGUUUUGGCUCGAAAAACAUAUUUACCAUGACGCCGAAUGUCAAUAUUUUACGUCCAUUGCAAAUAAAUUGAAAAAUAAAAUUGAUGAUCAAACCAUUGAAAUAAAUGACCAAAACGAUAAAGACCGUGACCCUGGUGGUGGGUUUGGCCGUUCUUCCGAUACAGAAGAAAAGAAUCCACGCCAAUCGAAUAAUACUCUUUCGGAUUCCAAUUAUAUUUCCAUGGACCUCCCAGGUGGCAUAUGUAGUUGGAAAGAUCAAAGCUCAUAUUUAAGUUUAGAAACGCCAAGUGAUUCUCUGAUGGGUCAGAUAAAUGAGAGCACGUCCCAAUUAGGUUAUGAUAUGCCAGAGGAUACACUAACAGCCCUAUCCCUCAAGCCCGAUACCCAACCCACCCCUAAGCAGGAGGAGCCUCGCCAAGAGAAGAUCCGGAAAGCAGCCAAGGAUGACUUAUCUAACGAUAUUGAAACGCUGCUCGAAGAAGUCAAAAUAGUACAAGCGAAUCUCUCAGAUCUCCCGGACGAGAGUCUUGACGCAAUGGAGGGAGGACUUAGGGAGGGAAUAUCAAUUCUAGUCAAGUGUGAGGAGGCGGCGGUGCUGUUGGAGCAGAAGAUCAUGGACUUCCGCCACGAAACAGAAGUGCAGGUGUUGCUUAAGGAGUUGGUCUUGAUCAAGGCAAGAAUAUCGAAGCUGUUGCAGCAGGCAAGCCAGGGCCUUACCACCAUCCAGGUAAGCAAGGACGCGAAAGUAGAAUUAUCUCGUAGGACUAAGGAAGUAGAAGAACAAAAAGAAAAGGUUACAAAACUUGAUCAAUGGCUUGAAUCUAUAAACAAUGAACUAAAGGAAUCUACGAAACAGUCAGAUGUGUUAACAGAACAAGAUAUUAUUAGGUACAUAGAGAUUUACGAACGAUAUUUAAGAGAAUAUGAUGAAUACGAAAUUAUUAUAAAGUCAGUCAUACUGACGAUUCGUGAUGAUUCUAGUCAGUUAAGAGAGAAACUAAGUAUGACGAGUAAAACAUUAGAACAAACGAGAAAUCUAGUCAUUACAGAAAUAGAAAGGUUAAGACACAUUUUAAUUCACCUAAGGACAGUGCCAGAAGCAGAAGCACCCAUUGAAGAGGAUAUAUCACAAACAGAUAGAACAAUUGACUCAACCUCUAUGCCAGAAGAAAUAGUUUCGCCACGAGAACCAGAAAUUGUUAAAUACGAGGAACCAUUUGUGGAAAAAGUACUGUUACAGAAAUCGGCACAUGCAUCAGAUCAAGAAACUGAACAAAGUCAAAUGAAAUUACCAAUCAAAGAAACUGAGCCGAGCCAAAUUAAUUUAAAGAUUGAAGAAACCACAAUACCAGAACACAAAGAGAAAGUAACUAAUAUGACUAUUGAAACACAGACUGGUAAGAGUCUUAUGUCAGACGCUCCUUCUCUUGUAGACAAAUCUAUAAUAUGUAAACCGGAACAUAAUGACAUGGUUGAUGUUUCUGUUACUUGUGCACCACCACAAGAAGUAGAGGUACAAACGAGUGAACAAAAAUCAUUGGAUAAGGAAAUUCUAGAAAACAUUCAAGUAAAACAAUUCAUAUCUGAUGGUCAUGAAACAAUAGAAAUCGCUAGUCGCCCAGUUACUAGAGAUCUAAUUGGUGAACAAUCAUUAUUUGUAGAUGCGCAUUACAAGGAUGAUAACAUGCAUAAAGACACUGAACUAAAUAUUACUCAUUCUUUACCACAGUCGUUUGAAACCAUCAUGGUUGAACCGGAUGAAACAACUACUGAAGUAGUUGUAGAUGCUGAUGGUACAAAGAGAAUAAUUGUUAAAAAGGUCAGAAGAACACUCGUUACACGACAAAAGGUACUUCAAACUCACGAACAUCAUUCUCAAAUAUUGUCAUCUGCAAAUGUUCCUCAAGAACAAUCUCUCGCACAGUUGACGCUUCACGGGGACCAAGGAUCAAGUUCUACCGUUUUAGACGAUGGUGGUAUGAAACAUAUUCAAUAUCAAACAUAUGGUGGACAGCUCGUUUCAGAAUUACCUGGCAGUGAGGUUUCUAUACAAGAAAUUACAUCAAGACCAGAUAUGAUCAUCACAAUGGAACAUGGAAUGAAACCUGAAGAAAUUCUUCAACUUGCAGAAGGUGAGAUACCACCACUUAUACAAACAUCAUCUUCAAGUGUAACAGCAGUCGUUCAACAAGUUACAAAAAGAAUAAUAAAAACAAGACGUCGAAUAAUCCGACGAGUUGUGAUAAUUGACGGAAAAGAACAUGUGAUGGAAGAAGUAAUUGAAGAGCCAGAUAAUGUUGAAGUACUGGAAGAACAGAUUCCAAGAAUUUCUAUUAGUGUUAAAGAUGGCGCCUUAACUUCUGAGGUAAAUGACGAUGCAGAUAAUAAGGGUCAACCCGGAAAAAACCUUCAAGAUCAAGGGAAAGAAAAAAAAUCACACGACGGAGAUGAACAUGAUAAGUCAGACAAUUCACCACAUUUUCAAAAACCCGAGAGUAUGAUCUUAGAUGAAAAGAAGCAAACCUUAGAACCAACUUCUCGAAUUACCGAGGACAAAUAUCAGGCAAAUCAAUUUUUAAUUGAAGAAAGUAAUAAUGAUAGUGCAUAUCAAAUAAAACCAUCGCUUGAAACUAUGACCAUAAGGGAGUCUUUUGCUGCACAACCCGUUGGCUUAGAACAAAUGAAUUCGCAAACUUUUAAUAUUAGAGAGCCAAGAUCAGAUGAACCAAGUAAAUUUGCAACCCAAAUAAUGUCAAAUAUGGAAACAAGUUCUAGCGUCGCGACUGUUGUUCAAAAUGUAACACAUAAGUUAACCAGAAAAAGAAAACGAAUCAUCAAACAUAUAACAAUUAUUGAUGGUCAGGAACAUGUCACUGAAGAAGUAAUUGAGGAACCAGAUGAAGUUGAAAUCGUAGAGGAUGAACCACAAAUUUCACAUUUUGUCCAAAAUCAGGGAACUAAAGCUAGACGAAUAAAAAUUAAACGUCAAGUUGAAAUGAUUGAUGGUAAAGAACACAUUACAGAACAGAUGAUGGAAGAGUCUGAUGAUGAACCUGAUGUUGAAUUUGUAGCCGAUAAGUCAAACAUUCAAUUUGAUAGACCUUAUAUUACAGAAGUUGAAGAACAGGAUACUUAUACCAAGCCACUUGAUGAAAGUGAAAACAUCUCUAAGCCUUUUAUUAAAAGUGGAACUUGUAAACCUGUCACAAAAGUAACUAGAAUUAGAAAACGAGUAAUAAGACACACAAAAGUGAUUGAUGGCAAAGAACAUGUUACUGAAGAAGUUAUAGAAGAGCCAGAUGAAGUUGAAAUAAUAGAGGAUAGCUCAAAUCUACCACAUAUUAUUCAAGAGGAAGGCAUUAAGACAAAGCGUAUUAAAAUAAUACGCCAAGUAAAUAUUAUCGAUGGUAAAGAACAUAUAACGGAACAGAUAUUAGACGAUGCAGAAGACGAGUAUAUGCCUGACUCAACAAUCACAGCUGAAAUAAACAUUGGCUUAAAUAAACCAUCCCACUCUGAUAAUUUAAAAAAUCAACAAUCAUUAUCAGGUGAUGAAGCAACAAUCAAAAUAAAGGAUCAACAUGACGUUAUUGAUUACACCAAAAAUCUUAUUGAUAGUGAAAUUGAUCAUACAAAAAAGCUUCAUCCCGUUAGUUCUACUGAAGCAAAAACUCUUAUUUCUCAACGUUCUGUGGAAGACAGACAAUGCCUUGAGCUCAGUAGAACAGAUAUAAAAAUAUCAGACAUUGCAAAUCUACCAGGAAAAGUACCAGAACAGAAAGCCGAAAUAGAAAUAGUGGUAAGGCCUGAAACAGAUGUUGCUGAUAACUUAAGUAAACAAACUUCUGGAAUAUCCUGUGCAACAGGCUUUAUAGAGGGUACUAUUCCAAGUGAAAAACUGCAAACUCCACGUCAAGUGGCUGAUAGCAUAGUGCUAGAGGAAUCAAAAGUAGGAUUCCCUGUACAUAUAAAAGAGCCGUUAGUAAAAGAACAGAAAAUAAUUGAAUAUAAUAUUGAUGAACCCUCAACCAAGCAUAGAGAACAAGAUAAUGUUACCUCAAUACAAAAUAUUUUGAUUGAAGAACAUGUGAAAGAACCUAGCUAUCAAACUAUAGAAGGCUCGGGCACAACGUGUAAACCAGAAUCCAUAAUAGAAUCAAAAUAUCCAACGGAGCUUGAAGAUUUUAAAAAACAUGACAUCAUUCAGAAAGAUUCAUCAUCAUCACACACUAAAGUUGAAAUACUUACCGAUAUGACCGAGAUUGACAAAUCUCAAUCUGACACUUCCGACAUAAAAGAUACAGCUGGGCUGGAGAAAGAGGUAGAAAUUCCAUCAUUCAAAAAUAUUGACGCAAAAUUGAUAGACCGAUCUAUUUUAGUCGAAACUAAGAAUUUGAUUGGUAAAGAAAGCGAAAGCAAAACUGUAAUACAAACAUUAAAGUCAAGAGAGUUUGAAUUUCCUGGGGAAGAAAUAGAUAAGACAGAAAAAAAUAAUGAACUAAAGAAUCAGUCUGAUGAUAAUUUAACAAAAAUUAAAAAACUAUCAGAUAAAUCAGUACCUAUAUCACAAAGUUUAAUAGAAAGUGAAAUUGACCACUCUAUUGCUUUCAUGCCAAUAGAUGUUUUGGAAAUAAAGAAAGCCACUAUCCCCCCUGCGACCAGAGAUGAACCGGAUGUUAAUAUAGACGUUUUUGAUAACGAACCAAGCAAAGUUAUAACUAUACAACAGGAGGGUGUAAAAACCAAACGAAUCCGAAUAGUAAAAAGUAUUCAAAUAAUUGAUGGUAAAGAACAAGUGACCGAACAAAUUUUUGAUGAACCAGAUGAUGAAUAUGUUCCUGAUUCAACAGUUACAGCCGAAAUUGGUUUACAAAUGUCUCAUCCUGGAACAUCUGAGACAGAAGUCACUGGUAUUCAAGAAUAUACUAAAAAGGCACCCGAAAGAUUAAGUGAAUCAAGAACAGAAAAAAUAAAAGAUUCUACUCCUAGUUCUUCAGCAAAUCUGUUAAUUCCAAGCACAACAAAAGAUUUAUUAAAAAAUGAAACCGAAAUCUGGUUACCUUCAAAUAUCAAAGGAGAUACGCUUGCUGUACAACCGAGUGAUAAACAUUUACCAGCUUCUGAAAUGUUGUUAAAAGGAUUAACAGAUCAAGAUAUAACUUUUAUUAACAAACCGGAUCAUAUAGUAACAGAGAAAAACAUUUGGGGAAAUGAAUUUUCAACUUCUGGAGGAGAUGAAAAAUAUGAGGCAUCAAAAGAAAUAACAAAAAAACAAGUAAUAGAGAUCUCAUCAGAUGGAUUGAAGAAUUCUCAAGAUGAAACCGAUAUCCAAUCAUUCGAUAAAGAUGAAAAUCUUACAAUAAAAGAUUAUCUGCUAGCUCAAUCAUCUGUAAAAGACAAACCCGUAGAAGUUGCAACAGUAUUAAGUGAAACUAAUUUUGAAUCGGAAUCCCAAGAGCCUGAAGGGUCGUAUAUUCAGCCAUUUGAUUUUGCCUCGAAACGAAGUCCAUUACCUACACUCGAAGUGCCUACUAAAUUUGAAACAGUCCCGGAAUCCAUCACAGCAUAUGAUGUUAAUGCUUUUAUCGAGUCAGAACGACUAGAUAACCAUUUGCGCAAUAUAACACCCGUAACUAUUACCGAAGGACAAAGUACGAAGUACGUUCAUGAAGAAAAUAUUGAAAAAUCAUCACAAACUUCGCUUACAAAGGAAGAUAAUCUUAACCAGAUAAGCGAAGGGUUAGGAAAUGACAUUCAAAAGCUUAACAUAUCGAUUUCUAUUUCUAAAACGGAUAAAAAUAAGACAAUUGAACCGAAAAUUGAAGUUGAUCUAAAAGUAGACAACCUCGAUAAGACCCAGCCAACUGCAACUAUAUGCAAAAAAGACAUAACAGCUACUUUACCAACGGAAAUAACAAUAAUUAAGGAAUAUAUUGAGAAAAACACUACUGAUGAUUUGGAAAAACCUAAACCAGAAGAUUUAGUGAGUAUGGCUGAAUCACUGAAACUCCAAGAUAUUGUACAAGAACUUUCAGAAGAAAGUGUUCCAUUAGAGACUCUUGUUGAACAACCCAAAGAUCAAGAACCUAUGCAGGAACUUUCAAUUAAAAGUUCUCCUAAAGAUUUAGACUCUAAUCUUGAAAAAGACAGAAGUAUAACAGAUACUGAAAGUUCAUCUUUAGGAAACUACGUAGAACUACAAACAGCAACGCCUAUUGAAUCUCCAAAACCUACAAACGACUUAUUAGUAACAAAAGAAGCAAGUUUGGAACCUGUUUCACUUUCAGCGAGAUCAGAAUCAACCACAGAAAAGGGAUACGAACCUGAGGACACAUCUUUAAUUAAAGAGGAAGAAAAACAUGAGAGGAAAAAAAGACAAAAGAAACGAAAAUCUCAUGCGGUGAGUGAGGAAACAAUUUACCCAAAGCAGACUACUACUGAAGAUGACACAGCUAUAUCUACACCUGUUGAAAUGGAAGAGCCAAUUCAGACAAGAAAAAUUAAAGCGAAGAAAGGAAAAAAGAAGUCCUUUGUUGACAAUAAGACGAAUGAGCCAGAACCUAGAUUAUCUGAAACACCAGAGAUGGCUAAACCUGACAGUCCAAAGGUUGGAAUAGAAAUUGUUACGACAUCGCCCCAAGAUGAAUCUUACCAUACUAUUAGUGAAACAUCGGAUAUGAAUACUGUGAAAAUUGUAGAAGAAUGCAUUGGAAGUAGUCCGGAAAUCGAAAAAGAAAUGAGUACCACUGUAACUUACCCAAUUUCUAUCGUUGAAGAAAUUGCUACAUCAGAAUAUUCAGUUCAAACCUCACCAGAAAUACAAGAAUCGACCAAAGAUGAUAAAAUAGAAAUUCUAAAAGAGAUGACUGAUAUUGAAUUACAAACUUCGCCUACGCCGGUUAGUGAAAUAGUUAUUCAAACUACUCCAAUCGAAGAUAAAGAAGCGCAAACGCAAACUUCGGAUAACAUUAGUGUCAUUGAGAAGGUAGAAGUAGUGAAUUCUCAAAUCCAAACAAGUAGGGCUGAAACACCAGAGCCAAUCAUUACAACUGAAGUGACAACACAAGUUUUGCCAAGAGAUAUAGUAACACCUGAUGACAAAUUUUCACAAACUUCGUCUCCAAUAGUGGAAGAAAUUAAACCAAUCGUGGAAAAAGGUACUCGAGAAAUUCAAACUUCGCCACCACCGGCAAUAUCCAAAGAAGAAAAGAGUACAGAGGUUAAAGUUGAAACUACCGAGAGUGAUAUACAAACAGUCAAACAAGAAACAAUUGAUCAAGAAACUUUAACUUCACCAACAAAAACGAAGGAAGUAACAGAAAUAAGCAUACAGACACCUGAAGUAUCUCUAGUUGACACGUAUACACAAUCUGAAUCAAUAGAAGCAGUAACUAAGCCGAAAGUUGAAAAGCCACUGAGUCCUGACAUGCUAAUAUUGGAUAAAAAAGUAAUAACUGUUGAUAGUACUCAGCAAACAUCACCAAGAAUUUACGAAGAAGAUUCAAAACCUGAUCCUAAACAAAUUAUAACCGUCGAUACUCUACAGCAGACAUCUCCUAGGGUAGACUAUGACAUCACUCCAGUCAUACCUUCUUUAGAUCUGACCCAUAACGAAGUAACUUACAUUGACAAUGUACAGCAAACUACACCUAGAGAACAACUUGAAUCACCAGUAUUUUUACCUGCAAGAGAAGUCAGUAAGAAAGAGGUUACAGUAACUGAUAGUACAAUACAAACAUCUCCAAGAGUGUAUUCAGAAGAUUCCAUAUCGACAUCUACUGACGAGCCUUAUGAAGUUCAUCUCCGGGCUCAAGUUUCUAUCCCACAAGCAACUGACAGCUUCAUUGAAAACGAACGUUAUAGUGAACAAACUUCCAUACUCGGUGAUGCGUGCAAACAAAAAAGAAGAAAACCUAAAAAGAAAACCGAAUCACCUCUUCAAUCACCUGGAAGUUUAUCAGACCCUAUAAAUGCUGAACUAUCCCUUUCUGUAACGCCCACAAGUGAAGAUUUAUCGAGCAAAGAAACUUCCUCAAUAGAUGAAGGUAUAUCACAGUUAGCUAGUCCAGUUUUACUUCAACAAGAGAGCUAUAUAGUAACACAAAGACCAACAUAUUCUGAUGUUGUUCAGAGAUCGAAAUCAAAGUCUCCUUCACCUAGUAAAACAAUAACAGCACCCAAAUCUGUUAAAGCUAAAUUACUCAGUGUACUCGAAAAACGUACACAAUCAGUAUGUGAGCCUCAGAAAGUAUCGGGGGACAUAAUGACUGUAACACUUUUUGAACCAUCCGUUGAAAAAUCAUAUGAUCUUAUAGUCAAUAAAGAAUUAGAUCGUUUAAAAGAUGCUGUUAAUAGCAACGAUGCUGUUAAGACUGAAAAGUGUAUAAUAACUGUAAUUGAAACUAUUUCCAUUUGGUUGGAAGAAAUUCAAUAUAAAAUUAAAAAAGAAAUAACUACGGGCUUAGAGGAGUCUAUUGAACCAGAACGAAUCGUAGAUGUAGAAAACUAUAUUCGACGUCUAAAAGAAACCGUCUAUAUAACAGAAAUAAAUGAAGAAACAAUAACAUUGAUUGAAACAUUAACGCGACAAGUUCAUGCUGUCCGCUGUGUAAGGGAUCAAAGUUUAGUGAUAGCAAGAGAACGAGAAAAUGAGUGGGAAACAUUUUUACUUGAUGUUAAUAAAUUAAGUGAUGCUGUUGAAAAAGUAAAAUCUCAAAUCGAUCUAUUUAAUCUUAGUGAAGCACCAACUCAACAAAAACUCGACGAUCUAGAUAAGAUUGAAAUAGAAAAUGUUGCAAACUUUGACACAUUUAGAAAAAUGAUUCGAAUUUAUAAAGAUAUUUUAGAAAAUAAUCCAAAAAAGGAAUGCCCUUCAGUAUUAUAUCACUGUAACGAUGAUACAAAACAAGUUGAAAAUGCAAUAAAUACAGAAAGGGAUCGUCUUUUACAACUAUCUUCAUUAUCUGAGGAAUAUGAACAAACUUUACAGGAUUUCGGCCAGAUUACUGAUGUUGCCGAAGCACUACUUGAUGGCAAAAUCAUUGUAUCUAAUUUAGAACAUUUACACGAAGAAAUUCAAAAGCAUCGAAAAUUCUUUGUUAACCUAAGCCAUUGUAGAGCUAUUCUAGAAUCCCUGGAAAAUAAUUUAGACUCAGAAACAAGAGCAAAAUAUUCAUCUUUACAUCAUUCCUUACACGAUAGAGCUACAAUUAUUAUUGAUAGAGCUGCUGGACGAGCGCAGCAAAUGACUUUAGCUGCUUCGAGAUGGAGUGUCUUAGACCAAGAUAUGAAGGAAGAACAGCAAUGGCUCGGAGUAGCCCAGCAAAGAAUUCCGGAUCUCACAAACGUUACAUCUAUUGAUCAUAACCAGUACAUUAAUUUAUAUCAAUCAAUAAGCCUGGACGUUUCACAUCAUAACGCAAAAAUGCUCCGGUUACUUUCUAUAUCAGAAGGACUCCAAGGCCUUAUUGUUUGCUCGGGACUGGAAACAGAAUGUUCAAUCGCAUUAGACACUUUACUUAAGCUUCAAGAAGAUAUUGACUCUAGAUUGAGCCGUCUAACUGCGUUCAGAGAAAAUUGGGUUACUUAUGACUACCUUAUUGAUAGAAUUGAAGGCUGGAUGAAAAUUGCUAACAAAGAACUAGAGCAAAUCACUCCCGAAAAUAUAACCACAACUAAUAACCUUCGUCGGUUCUGGGAACUAAAAGCGCAACAUGAAGUUCAUAACAACUUAAAAAAUGAAUCAGGAGUCCAAUUUGAAAAAGCGUUAGAAAUUCUGCCCAUUUCCGAUGAAAUGGUACAACGCGAAUUCUUUUCUAAAAUUGAAGAUAAAUGGCGAGAUUUGUCAACAAGAAUAAGUAACAUUCAUACGUCUGCUAUCCAAAAUAUUUCUGAUCGUGACGUAUCGUCCAGUGAAAAACUGAAUAUUCUCGAGGAUGAAAUGAGAGAGCUACGGGCGAUGUUGGAUGGUUUAAAGGGAGUAAUUAAAAACGAUGAUGAACUAAAUCUCUACAUAGAGCGACUGCAAGUGAUGACCAGUCGCAUCGAUAGAAUACAGAAUGAACUUGGCAGAUUAAGUUUGCUGCCUACUGCGGAAUCAGAACGCCUUGGCGCGCUUUUGACUCAGUCUGGUCUCUUGGACGAUCAAAUAGCUGAAGAGUUAGAGCGGAGUAUGUUGCUAAAGGAAAAAAUCGUUCACGUUCAGACUGGCAUAGCUCGCUGUCAGAAGAGCCAACGACGUGCAAGAUUAACUUUAGAGGAAUGUGAAGCAGCUGAGCGUCUCGGAAGUGACGUUGUUGAAAGAGCUUCUCAAAGUUGUCAGAAACUUCUUGAAGAUCUCUCGUCGCAAUGGAGAGAUAUUCUCGCCUUGAGACAAGCACUGCAUACACUCCCAAUCAGUCUACGCAUUUGUGUGUCGCCGGUCAGCAUCGAGAGGGACAUCUCUGCUUUGCAGGAAACUCACGCGGAAUUGGAAACGGCUUGCAACGAGCUUAGGAUGCGACUACGUAACAAGUUGCAGCUGUGGCGGAGAUUCGAGAGGCAACUGGAGCUCGUACAAGGUGCAGUCCGUGAAGCUGACUAUAUGGUGGAGCUUCUCACGGUCCAAGGUCAAGUGGAUUAUGACCGCUUGCUUAAAGCAACGGAGAAGCUCGAGACCUUGAACGAGUCCCUCUCGCGGCGAAGCGGUGAGCUGGUAGGGGAACUGCGUAAUGCCGCGGUGCCAUUGGAAGCAAGCACUGAUCCUGGCAUCGCAGCCAAGUUGCGCAAAGAGCUUGAUGACGCUGCCGCAGCGUAUGAGCAUACGUGCACCAAUCUUACGCAGCUCUGUGACAAGUACCACAAAGCAGUGGAUCUCUGGAGAAGAUAUCGGGAAGCGGCUGCGGCGGUACGUGCUUUCGCCGAUCACCACGAAACCUUCCUUCACGCUCUCAGACCCAACGACGCUCCUGAAGCUGCCCAGGCAUGCUUAGAACAAGAAGCACGUGUAGCAGAACUCCGUUCACUGGCCGCGAGGGUUGCAGCGGAAACUGGCUCCAGAGCCCUACAAGCUGAUGCCGAUGCGUUAGCCAGGAGGUUGCAGCUGGUGGCAGGAGCUGUCCAGGCCUUGGCAGACCUGGGAGAAGCCAGGCAGCUGGCCAGAGCCAAAGCUCAGCACGCUAAGGAAAUGUUCUGCGAUAUGAGACAGGAUCUAACUCCAGUCCAAGAAGACAGUGAAAUAGUCGAGGACAAACUGAUAGCUUUACGUGCUAAUCUCAUUGCACUUGGCAAGAGCGAGGCUGAUAUUGCCCCUGCCAAAGCGGAACUACCAGACAUUGAUAGGGACGUAUCAGAUGAACACUCGAUUGUGAGAAUACUGGAAUUAUGGCAAGCAAUGUUCAGGGACACCUUCCUUCACUAUCACAGACUAUCUACAGCUUUAGUUAGAUCUGGGGACGCUGCGACUGCUUUGAGAUUAUGGAAUGAGUAUCUCUUAGACUUACAGUCAUUCCUUUCUGGUUCUGUACCAGCUGACUAUGAUAACUUGACAGAACAUCGUCGACUAUGUCGGGUCCACAGAAACUUGUUAGCGUCACAAAGAUCAGUACUCAUGAAUGAAAACAGGGAAACCAAGAACCGUGACCUAGCAGACAAAUUUGACACACUCACUAAUCUUCACAAUGAAACUUUAGCUCGAAUAGUUGAAAGACACGAUGAGGUGUGUACAAGAAUUGCCGCCUGGGAUGAAUAUAGAGAAAUUUAUACAGAACUGCUCAGAUGGCUUAAAGAAAUCGAAAGGGAAAAAGAGAAGUUACAAUUGAGAUAUGUUCAUAUAAAACGGAUACACAAGAUCUUGGCCAAAAUACAGAAUCUCACGGAUAAACUACCCGAAGGCAGAAAAUUAACUGAAAAACUGUUAGGCGACCUUAAAUUGGUAUUGGAAUUCACAGAAGAUACUUAUGGAGCCUCGGUUAGAAUGGAAUAUGCGGGAAUAGUUAAAAGGGUUGAUAAUUUACAAGCUAGUCUCGACACGUGGCGUGACUUCCUAACUCGAAUACUUGGACUUAUCGGUGAAUAUGAAACAUUAACUGGUGACUUGCAAAAAUUAUAUUCUAAAACACAAAAUGACAUAAUAUUGUACUCUGAUGAGGACCGUCUAUCUAGACCUCAGCUCAAAAAAGCAAUAGAUAAAUAUGCUGAUUUGAGGAAAAAGAUAGACAGGACAGAAACGCAAAUAGAAGCUCUUAGCGUUAUCCAAGAACAACUAAAAGAAUGCCUUAGCCCACAAGAUAUAAGAAUAGUCAACCAAAAAGUCUGGCAAUUGCGACAACAACGAGCAGAUUUAGAACACCAACUUUCUAUUAUAAUUCAUAGGCUACAAGAGCGGCUAGAAAUUUACACAGUAUUUGACUCCAGACUAAGUCGUUUUGCCGAAUGGAUGUCAAUUCUUGAAUCUCGUCUCGAAUCUACAACCUCGACUAGUGAUAUUGGAGCUUUAGAUCCUCAGGACUUAAUCAGAAGAAUAAACUCAGACGUUCAAGCGGAAACUGCUAUGAAAGAACGCGAAUUUGAGUGGCUCGCUGAAACGGGUAGCGCUUUAGUUGACCUAUCUAAGAAGGAUGAAAAGUCUUACAGCAAAAAUACAUGUAAACAUCUCAAAGAUAUGCAAGAGCGCUGGCACAGACUACAAGAGACAGGAAGAAGUCGAAUUGCAAAGAUCAACGAAUUGCUCGAAACGAUUACUCAACUUGAGGAACGUUUGACUGAGAUUAGAUUAAGGUUACAUACAAUAGAAGCUAACUUAUCGUCGCCUGUAAUACUAGAACACUUAACGGCAAAGGCUGUUGACAGUAAAUUCCAAGAACGUGACGAAAUACAUAAAGACAUAGAAAGUGAAAGCGGAGAAGUUGGCAAAACAUUAAAUCUCUGCGAGCUUAUAUUUAAUGACCCUGACGUUCUCAAAGGUAACUUUGAUCUACGCAAUUUACACACAGGUGUUGAUAUUAUAGAGAAAAAAUGGAAAAACAUUUGCGAUAUGUCUGAACAACGCAAAAAAGCACUUAAAGAGAUUCGUAAAUCUGCCGAACUCGCCAACUCUCUCCUACCCAAAUUGGAAAAGAAACUGGAUGCGAUAGAAAAGAGAGUUGAAAAAAUUGAGAUGCGUAAACAACGGGGCGAGGCGGAAGACGAGAGCAUAUCCAAAGCUGUCACUAAGGAUUUGGAUAAUUUAGAAGGGGAUAUAAAGAAGUUAGAGGAUGCAUAUAGUCGAGUGGCUUCUGCAAGAGGUAUUGAACUACGUGGUUCCGGAGCUGAUGAUGCAGCAAGACUAAGAACUGCAGUAAGACGUUGGCAACAGCUUCGUGGAAGAGUAGACGCGGCUGGAGCGGAUGCACAUAGACAGUUUGUAGCAGCACAUGGUAAAGCAGUUGUGGCUUUGGCUGAAGCUGAUGUUAGAUUGACAAGAGCCUUGCACCUCGCUCCAACUCCCACUGACACAGUCGCCACUCUCAGAGAGUUAGAUGGUGUGGAGGAAGAUCUCCGUGAAUGCGAAGCGCUAGUGGACGAUGCUGACCGGCUUUCGGUGGCUGUUACCACUGUACCCGGCGUAGCUGAUAUGGUGGGCGAAUAUCGCGCACUCUUUGCUGACGUCAGAACUAGACUGGAACUAGCUCGGGCUGAGGUGGUUGGAGAUGUAGACAGUGCUGUACAGGUUGAUACAUUGAAAUGGGAGACGGAUGCCGCUUUACAAGUAGACACAUUAACAUCCAAAGAGACUUACCGAGUCGAACUAGCAUCCGCCGUCAAGGAAACCUCAGAAUCACUUGAAGCACUAAGAACAUCUCUACUCCAUGAAAUUAAGGAAAACGCUGGAAGUGACGAACUAGCCACAGCGGCUAAAGAAAUAGCUAAAGCAGGCGCUAAGCCUGAACAGACAUUAGAACUCGCUAAACAUUUAUCAGAACUGUUGCUAACAGAAUGUGACGCUGAUGAAGAAGAAGCUAUGUUAAAGGAAGUUGAAUCUCUAUCGUUGAGAUACGAAGACCUUUUAGCGCAAGCUAAAAAGCGGGAACUACAAAUCAACAACUUAAGGUUGCCCCACUCCGCGUCGUACGCUCUUACGUGCGAACAUGAGUCUGGACGAUUGACGUGUCCUCUGUGCUCUGACCGCAACUGGAAGCAGCUAGACAACGACCUCUGGCGGCUGGAGCAGUGGCUGCAGUUUGCCGAGGCGACCGAUGAGGCGAGGACUGACCCUCCCGAGCAGUAUGACGCCCUGGAAGACGCUAUACAGGACCACCGUGAAUUCCUGCUAGACCUGGACUCCCACAAAGCACUGGUCGUCUCCCUCAACGUGGUGGGCUCCCACGUGACCCGCCACGCCAAGUCGCAGGACGACGGGCAAAGAGUCCAAGAGCGACUGGUCGCGGCCAACCAGCGCUGGGACCGCGCUUGUUCCGCGGCCGCAGCUUGGCAGGGCAGACUGCAGACGGCGCUGGUACACAACCGGGAGUUCCAUGAUAUUGUUAUAGAAUUGGUUGCGCAACUAGCUGCGGCUGAACGCACGGUCCGCGCGCGAGAACCGCUGCGGCUCACGCGGCCGCCACAAGAAUUGAGAAAGGACUUCAGGCGAUUCAGCGAGCUGAGAGACGAACUGAGCAGAGCCGAGCCGAGAGUGCUCGCUCUGAGAGACGCCGCUCAGUUGCUCAAGGGGGCAGACGCUCAGGAUGUGUGUAGGAGAUUGGGUGAACUUCGUCUCAGACUACAAUCUCUGCGCAAGCUGUCGGGCGUGUAUGCUCUGAAGUUAGGAGCGGCUCUGGCGCGGCACCCGCCCGCGGCCGGCGCCAUUGCGGCUGCGGCCGCGGCAGCCACCGCCGCCACGCAGCUGAUGGAGGGAGACGAAGAACAGCUGCCAGCCAUGAGCUUGCCGCCUCUCGACGAGAAUGACGUCAUCCUAAGCGAGGAGCGUGAAGAGCAAGAAUUAGGCCGCGUGCAGAGGGGCUUGCGAUUCGUGUGUCGCGUCGCACGCGCCUCCCUCCCGUUCCAGGCCCUGCUGCUACUGCUACUGGGAGCCGCGGCGCUCGCCCCCCUCUCCCCCCACGGCGACUGUCGCGGCCCGGCGCCCUCCCUGCAACCCGUGCUCAGAUACCCGCAUGGCCCACCCCCCCUUUAGACUUUAAAAUCCGUAAGUACACAAGGAUAAGAAGAAUUGUGUCGACUAAAAAUAAUUUUGUUAAGAAUUUAUAUACAAUUAAAUUGUUUUCGUACCCAUAAAUAUCAAUAGUUUCGUUAUAUUGGUCAGGAGUGCCACGUCCGAUGUGAAUCCAGGAAUUGCGUUUCGAAAUAGCCUAAAUAUUACUUGUUUGAGUAGUUGUGCACUAGAUCCAAACUCGACAGAAUUUGGACAGAGUUUACUCGAAUCGCGUGUUCAGAUACGGAUCGGAAGUAUUGCACAAGGGCUGUAAUAUUAACCUUCGAUAUUUAUGCGUACGGACUUGUAAUGGAAUAUAUGUAAAGGUUUUAUUCAGAGCCUGUUAGUACAAUGCUUAGAAAUGUAAAAAACAGUAAUUUAUUUAAUAAUUUUGUCAUUUCUAAACAUUAAAUUUCUCAGUGUCUGAAUAAAAGCUAUGGAUUGUGUUUGUAAGACUUCGAUAUAGGUACUCGUUUAAGUGUCAAAGUUAUAUAUUUUGCCAUUUAUGGGUAUCAAAUCGAUGAUAGUGAGCUUGAAAAUUUUUAAAUACAUUUGAUAAUCUCAAUUUAUAAAUAACGCCUACAAAAAAAAUCUGAUGACAUAAUAGAGUCUUGAAAAUUAAACCUUACCAUUCAAAAAGCUUUAAGCUUAUUCAACCCACCUGGUAACGCCCAGGUUUUGGGUUGGGAAAGAUAAUUUUCAAUACAUUAAAUAUAAUAAACAACAUUCCUCAAGACACUCUUUAAAAAAACAAAAUAAGGACAGUCUCCCCUCAGGACUGCACUAAUUUUGUUGUUUAAUCUGUGACGUUAACUGACACUUUGACAGCUGUCACUGUCAUCAGUUUCCCGGGCGAACGGCCUCGCCAUUGCUUUUGGCAAAACGCGAUGUUCGAAGCCGAAUAAAAAAGAGAAAAAAAAAUAAAGACAUUCCAAAAUCUCCACUGGUGCUAUGCCCCCGCCCGAAUGUAAAUAUGAGAUUUUUGUAUAUUUGUUACGUUGGUAUAUAGAACGAUGGUGUAUAAGGAUAUAGAGCGCUCGGGGCCGCGCCGCGAAUCGAAUAUUUAAAGUAUUUAUAUAAUCUAUAUUAAAAAAUAAAGGCGCCGCACAAAUCAUAAACGGAGGCUUGAACGCAUUCACGCAUUGUUACUUAAACUAUUAGAUUGUAAGGAACUGUUUCCAAUAAAAGCAGAAUAAAGCCUUGCAUUGAUUA